GAUAAAGACAGGAGAAUUGAGCUUUUGAGAAGCAGACAGAAAAAGAAGAAACGACAAUCUGUAAGUACACGGUUGAACUUCCAUUAAGCGGACACCCUCCAUUAUAUGAAGCGGCCCAGAGUCCAGGCCAGUUAAAAAAUUUCUGAAAAAAUUGUAGAAAAGAAUGGGAACUUAAACCCUCCAUUAAGCGACCGCGGCCUCCUUCUGGCCGUCCCAACGAGAAUUCUUCCAUUGUUGUCACCUCUAUUACUCGGUCAUCAAGCGCUUGAUCACGUAGCUUAGAAUAUGGUGAAGGAAAAUUCAGCCCGAGAUUGAAGGUGCGACCGAUUGAUUGCCAAUCUGGUCAAAUUUUUAAACGUUUCUUAAGGAGCCAGCUUGUCGAUAAUUUUGUAGAUGCUUCUUAGUUAAAUUUAAAAGUAUUGCAAUUAGUAAUUAGCUAGCAUUGUAAUUAGUACUAAGUUGAGUGUUGUAAUUAGUUAAAUGUAGUGCUUUUACAGUCAUUGUUCCUGAAAAGCCCUUUUGGGGAGGAAACAAUAAAGUAUGUAUAUAUGUGUUGUGGACACGCACUGCUCUCGUCGCGUGUUUGCUUCAAUAGAAAGUAAUGUUUCUGUUCUAGAUUAUGCUAAUUUAUGACGAACCUUCAGUGAGCGGCCACUUGCUUGUAUCCCGAGGGUGGCCGCUUAAUGGUGGUUCAACUGUAAAAUCAUUGAUUGUUACCUACUGUUUUGUUAGACUUACCCAUAAUUAGUAAGAAUUAGAUUACACCACACUUGCAUGUACAGUCAAACCCCCGCUUUACGAACACCCCGUUAAUAUGGACACUUUCUAUGCACCCCCCUCCCCUCAGUUUUCGUACUAACGGGGUUCGACUGUACAUGCAAUUUCCAAGAGCUCUCCAUUCUGCUGGGCGUUUUGUAGGCUUCGUUUGGCUAGGAAGAGCUUUUUGAGGAAGGUUUUAGGAUCUAUGAAAGAUAGGUGGGAAGUGUAACACGAUUUUCAUGGAAAUUUUCGGGUCAACAUUACAUGGUUUUUGCCUUUUUCUUUGGCCUCCUUGACUGUGUGGUCGUGCGUGGUUGGUUUGAAAGAUCACCCUGCUCAAGUUAAAAUAUAGUCUGAAAAUUUUUAAUUGCAAUAUUUUUGGCUGUUGUUUUUUUCGGUGUUUGUAUUUUACAGCCAAGCCCUGUUUCCACUUCACGCUCAGCUGAUUUCAUGGCAGUGGAAGAUGACGACGCACUAUCUGUUCAUUCUGAUUUUAGCGAGUUUUCUGAAAUGGUUGGUAUACGAUAGUAUUACAUGUAACUGAGCUGAACGUUUUUAUGAAGUAAUUACAAUACUUUACAGUAGACCCUCUCAAACUUCCCACAAACUCGAGCCAAUAGAGUACUAAAGUGAUGACGUCAUAAAAAUGAAAUUUCUGAAGUUAAGAGACUUGUCAGGGUAUUCUGAAAGAACAAUGUCCAAGAGGCCUACUUACCAAAAAUGAGCAUUUCGGGGCAAAUUGUCUCUGAGAUGUUUGCCGGUUAUACUCAGAAAACUCCAUACAAACCCUUCUUAAAAAAUUUUAGAAGGGUUUGUAUGGAGUUUUCUAAGCAUAACUGGGCUACGAUCUCAGAGACAAUUUGCCCCGAAAUGCUCAUUUUUAGCAAGCAGGCUCCUUGGACAUUGUUCUUUCAGAAUAUCCUGACAAAUCCCAUAAUUUCUGAAAUCUCAUUUUUAUGACGUCACACUUUAGUACUGUAUAGGACUCUUGCACGAAAGCGUCAUUUUACUACUACUACCAGAAUCCUUUUCGCUUUUCCUUUCAUAUUCAAAUUUGGUAACUCUGGCGAGGUAUAAAUAACACGAGAAAGCAAAAUCCUGAAGGAUUUUGGUCGUAGUAGUCAAAUUACGUCAUGGUGCAAAUGGCUUAUUUUGCCUGCCUUUAGCUCCAUAUUCAUUAAAGGGAUUUUUAAUUACUGAGACUCCUAACAGGUAGUCUCUCUAAUAAGUGGCAUGGUAAACGCAGAUAACUACAGCGGAAUUCGGUCACCGAGGGCUAAUACCAUAGUGUUCGUAUCACCCGGGUUUCUGUAUAAGCGGGCUGUCACACAACAACAGCCACAAAAAUAACAACAACAACAUUAACAAAAAACUUCAUGGACACGCGUUUGUAUAUUAAGAAUAAGGCAGACAAAAAGAAAGAAGGGUAGGAAACUGACCGCAGGGAAAACUGAGGAAGUGAAACUUGCGUGGUAAGAGGCAAAAAAGUUUGAUAAAGGGUUACCUUUAGUUAUCAGUGUCAAACAGGGGAAGAAAGACGGAUUUGUAUCAAACUCAAACAUGUCACGCUAUUCUGCCAUUGUUUUUCAAGUAAUAAAAUCGGUUUAGCCAUAGAAAUCUGCUCAAAUCGUAAAGCAGGGUUAACGAUAGAGAGAGUUUGUGACUCGGGACACAUGAGGAAAAAUGUCGGUUGUCCUUAUAAACCAGUGUCCGUAUUAAGCAGGUUGAUUAGCGAGAAAAUAUAUGAGCAUUUCUCCGAGACAAACAAAAUGUCCGUUAAAUAAAGGUGUCUAUAUUAAGCGGUUAUCCGUAAGUGGGGUUCCACUGUAACUAAUCUGUAGGUUGAGAUGAUUUCCAAAAUUAACUGUAGGCUUUUAUCCAUUGAAAAAACAGAUAGUGAGUACAAUGUACAAUGAUCGCGUUCGUCAGAACGCAUCCUAAUCUGGUGUUCCUGUGGCACUAAAGCAGACAUUUUCGAGCUAUCACGGGCGACAGCAUAUUAGCCGCCCUUAUCAGGGGCACCUCGGCCGUGAAACUGGACUCCUUUCGACUCGAUUUCGUUUCCGUAAUUUUUCCGUAAGUGACGAACGCGGAUCCGUAAUCAAUGAUUACCUCUAGUAAUAAUCAUUAUCAGUUGCCAAUACGGAAGGAAAGUUGGGUUUCUUUGCUAAGUUCACAAAAACUUUGCAUGCAUCAGUUGUAAGCAAAUACGUGCAUGUAGUAAGUUAUUCUUCUUCACAGUGUUUAACAUACCAUAUCAUGCUAUGUCACCCAUAAUUAUCUGUUUCUAAAUUUUGUUCUUUUAUAGCUGCCGUAGUACAGCAGUAUUUCAAACAUUUUGGAAAGCUUAAUAAAGGGCAAUUUCUGUACAGAGAAAGCAAAAGUUCCGUGACUGUUGUUUUGAUUAUAUCUUAAUUUGUUUCAAUGUCUCUUUUUGUAUUAUUAUGCGUGAUAAUGAAGAUUUAAUUGGAAAGGAAAACAGAACUUCAUCCAGGGACAAAAUUUAACCUUAACAGCUAAUUGAAACCAGCCUUGCAAGUCUUUUUAAAAAAUUAAAUGGAUCAUCAUCACCUGUUUUGUUCUCACAAGGUUGUAAUUAAUAGAUCCGAGUUAAACAAAAACUGUAAACAUUGACAUUCCUGGUGGCUAAUCAGUUAUAACAUGACAGCAGAAACAUUCGCUGAUUUGCAUAAAAACUGUUUAGUUCCAAACUUUGAACGUUGUGAUGACUCUAACAGGUAAUGCAUUCUCGUAGCGUCUUGAUUUUAUUCACUUAGGUAGCGCUUCACAGGGAACUUUCGUGGUAUUUUUAUGAGUAGAUUUGCCUCAUUUGUAUCAUUCCUUUAAUUUGGCUCCGAUCUUUGCCAAAAACAUAGGAUAAUUAUAGUAGUUAGUAAAAUAGACUACCAAGGCAAUGUAUACUACCAAUAGAAUGAAAGACUACCAACGGCAAUCUGUGAAAGUAUUAGUUCCAUGUUUAGAAGUCUAUUGACCUGUUUAUUGAAGUGUAACUCGUUUCGCAGACCAUCUUUAGGUACUUUGUGAUUGUUAAUCGUAUACCGUAGAGUGAACAAUUUGUUUAACCACAACUCGUCAGUUAUAAUGACGUUUUACAUGUGUUAGUGUUUCUAAGUUGUUAUUGUUACUGAAGUUAAAGUUAUUUCCAUGCUUCAUAACCCAAUAUACCUAAUAUAGAAAUCUCAUGUUCUUGUAGUAUGUUGCAGAGUUCAAUGUUUUGGCUGAAAGUAAAUUCUGUAUCGUGCAAUGGAAUGAUGGUCACAUGUUGAUCAUAAAUAAACCACUUUGGACUUUUGACAUGUUUUAAGGUCGUCUUUGUGAAUCCACUAAAAGUUUCUAUUCUCCCUUUGGCGGCCUGUUGUUACUGGGAGUAUUUGUGUAGUAUUUUUUUAUCACUGGUGUCAAAUAAAAUAAUAAAAUUUUAGUUAAACGUGAUCGAAAGAGUGACUAUAGGACAGAAAGAAAAAUAUUGUGCAUUGCCUGAGCAUUAGUUACAUAAAUGAAACCACGAAAACCUUGCGUCAAGAAAUGGUGAAAAGAAUACUUAACUUAAACGUUUUUUAUUGCAGUCGUCGAGUGAGGACACAGACAGCAAAAGAAUCAAGAAGCUUGCCAAAGAGUUGUUAGCGUUAGAACGAGCUUAUGCUCUUCUACAAGCUCAUGUUGGUAGUGCUGUGGAUGCUGAAAGAGAUGAAAUGGUAAUUACGUGUAUCUCGAGUCCCAUUAAUAGCUUGAUCAGCUUAAUGUACUUAUCACUUGAGUCAGUGAUUUUUCCACCAGCGUGAGUACAACCUCAUAUUAGCGGAGUGGAUUGAAACAUCUCUAUUCUUCCCCCAAAAUGGUUUCUUAUAGUGCUAAUUCUUAACAGUGGAUUCCUGUUAAUACGACCUCCUUUGGGACAUGAAAUUCUAGUAAUUGAUUGACGUGGACUGGUGGUAGGCCCAGUGCCGUGGUAGUGUUACGUUAUGAUACAAAGCCUUUCUAAACUACAAAACUGGUAUUUAGUAUUAGGGGGCGUUCAGACGGGUUUUGGGGCUCGCCUGUUGUGUAGGCUGUUCUGAACUAUUACCUGUGAUGACAAAUAGAUUUUCAUUCUGUCAACCUGUUGGAUAUAUGGAAGGCUCAUUUACCCUCUCUGAAGUUCUGGUUAAUUGUGAGAUUGAUUGCUUUAUUUUCACUAAGAAUUCAUCUGGUCGCAUUCAAAGUAAAAUUGCAAGGGAAACAACGUUUGGGAACUCCGAGAGGUGCUUGUUGAUCGUAGGAACGAGGUGAACGGAUCAAGGAGCUUGUAGGAAAAGGGAGUGGUUUGACUAGGCUGGACUACUGUCGCAUAUACGGGUUGGUCGUGUUAAGGGGGCUGGUUGUAUGGUGGGUUUCAAUGCAUUGUAUAUGUUUUUUCAUAAUAAGAUAGUCUUAUAAAACUCCGUACUAGUAUAAAAAAGGUUUCACUUUUAUUUCUUUCGCGAAAUUUAUACACUGUAAUUUUUUUACUGUUUCACGUCGUAGACAUAAAUGUGUAGGAUAUACAUAUGUGUAAGACGUUGUCUCGAGAAAAUGAAGAAAGGAAAGGUAUUGAGCAAGAAAGCCCUUAGAAACUGUAAGGCUUUGAACUUGAAGCUCUCAGUUACAACGUUUUUGGGGCUUUUGUUUCCUUAGGAGAAACAGCAGCUUCAGUCAGACUUACUUGAAAGCCAAACUAGAAUCCAUGAGCUUGAGCGAAUGAUGGCAGACGGUGGACAGGUAAGCUGACGUUAUCAAUGAAGCAUACCCCUGGGUGGAUUUCCUUGGCAUCUACUUAGUUUCCUGCUGAUAAGUAAUAAGCAAAGGUCAGGGAGUAAGGGCGAAAUCGAUGUAAACGCUGUGCUUUGUGUAAAUUUCAUGUCAUAGAAGGUCAAAACGCGGAUGAUCAGAUUACGAGUGGUAGAAGGUCCAAACGCGUUCCAUUCAUUCUAAGUGGAAGUCCAAACGAACGCUGUCUACAUACAUCCCACGAAUGUGUAAUAGCAACCUGGAUAUCAGAAUUGCAAGCUUCUCUGGUCGCCUGUAAUUAGAAUAAAUGAAAAAACUUUUAUGAACACUAGGCAGUAUUAAAAGCACAGAGGGAAGUGGGUAGAGCCAAUAUCGAAUGUAAUGUUCAAUCACAUCAAGCACACAUAACAAAGGCAAGAAUCCCAAAUGGCCGGAGUCAAACUAGUGGGCUGUUUACAGGCGUAGUCCAGGAUUUAUACUCGAGACUACCCAGAACAAGUCCAGUUAGUGGCCAGGGUGGAACUUGAACUCGGGAAAUCAUGGUCAAGGUUUCUAUCUUUGCAGAAAUACAGUGUUGUUUUGAUUCCUUAAGCCGACUGCCCCACUACCGCUAGUAGUUCUGCGUUAUAUCGCUUAUAACCAUAAAAUUGUGCAGAAAAUCCACCAGGUUAUAAUUUGUGAAAUCAUAUGCAGUGUCACUGUGUGAGCAUGAUGUUUCUUCAGUCAUUGACUGAAGCACAUUGGAUUAAAGAAAACUGAGUUCUCUCAACCGGAGGCGAACUUUUGAGGAAAUGGUUCUGGUGACAAGUGACUAGUCCGGCUGCUCGUUGUUGGUUGUAUCAUAGAUGUUUAAUGAAGAUUGUAUUUUUUGCAGGGUACUGGAACAGAGGAAUUAUCACAACUUCAGGCGGAUAAUAGAGCACUGUACCAACAGGUAUUCUUAGAUUAUUAUAGGUUUAACCCUUUCACUCUCAAAGCGACUAAAGCCAAAGUUACAAAAGAUUUCCGAAUUUCGUUUUCUAAAUUGCUGAAAUUUCUUUUUCAGCGUAAUGUGAAAGUUCUGGCAGAUACUGUAGGUAUCAUUUGAAUGUUCAUACCACGUGAGGAUUUCGCCUAUAGAGUGAAAAGUUCGAACAACUCAAUCAUUCAAUCUGGGUUGAAAGAUUUAAUAUCAUGGACGAAAAUGAUAUUUGACAAAGUACUAGUGCAAAAUUGCAGCUUCAAGUUCUAUAUAUUUCAUUUUCACUUGUUGAAAUUAAAAAUUACUAUGGCAACGCUUCCUUUACUGUGGCGUCCAAUUUUAUUGAGGAUUCUACGGAUGGAGAUGUUGCGCAGUGAAAGACUCUUCAGAAAAGCUUUGUACGCGAAACAGCGCAGUUCUAUAGAGCAAGAAAAAAUUCAAGGGGCUUUUGUCCUAAAAUUCAGAAAAUUGUAAGCUUUAGCCAAAAUAAAUACUGACUCUAACCCUUUCAAUACUUGGAGUUCUCGAUUCAAUAAACAAGCAGAAAAUCCACUGCUGUAAGGGUAAUUUGUCACUCACGAUAUGAACAACUAUUUUGUUCAGUGAUAUGUUUGCUCCGAAAUGGGCACGCGGGCCCCAUAACUUAGCACGUUUUCCCUCGUGGGACCGUUGCAUUACCCCUGGGUAUUGAGAGUAGUAUUUAAAUGCUUUGCCAACAUCAGGAUCACUGAUCAGAUCGCUUUUCUAUGCGUUCAUGCCCCGAGAGGGCAUAUAUACUUUCGUUCCCCCCCCCCCCCCCCCCUCAGCGACGAAAACCCGGCUAUGCUGCACUUCUUCGCAUACGCGGAAAUUGUUUUCGCCCAUAUCUUCGUAUGCCCCGCGUGUGCCGUUGAGGUACAGCAUACCAGUGAAAAUUCUCCUACUAAUCAAAUGUUAUACUCGUGAAAUUAGGAAAUCAUUUUACUCCUUGCAAUUUGAUUUUUUAUCUUUAACUCAAAGUUUAAAACUUGUAAGCAAGUUCUCUGUAUCGGUUAUAGAAAGCAACGCUUUGAAGUCUAGUGGUUCUUAAGAAACACAAGGAGGGACUAUUUAUAGUAUAGAGAGUACUGGGGGAGCAAGAGAAGCAAGGGUGGCGCAGUGGUGAGUGCUCUCACCUCCCACUAAUGAUGCCCGGGUUCGAAUCCUGACGUCGACGCCGUAUGUGGAUUGAAUUAGUUGUUGAUUCUCUCCUUUGCUCCGAGAGGUUUUUCUCCGGGUACUCCGCUUUUCCCUUCUCCUUAAGAACCAACACUUCCAAGUUCCAAUUCGAUCUGGAACGCACGGACACGUUUCAGUGAGUUCUCAUGGGCUCUUAAGUGCUCCGUGGUUAAACAAUUUACCAUUACACUUUUAAUUACUGAAUUGUACUUUGUUUUAGAUUUGGUCUAACGUUCUUAACGUAAAUGAAUUUACGUAUAAUCAUGAAGCAAUUUUGUUUGAUAAAUAACUUGCAGCUCGUGGCAACUGAAAAAGAGCGAGACAAAGCACACUCUGAGCUGACCAAGUACUCGGAGGUAAACUAGAACUAUAACUUGUUCAAAUUGCGUUCUUCUAAAAUUGGGACAAGUACAAAGCGUUUUGAGUUGAUUUGGAAAUAACUUUAACUGGAACAUUAUUGCUAUUGUUAUUUUGAGGAAAGCAGAGAAGCAGGUAUUAGCUAAAGUUAGAAUGCGUCGAUUUUUAGUAGUAUUGCAACAAGCACCCUAUUUUAACCUUUCAAUGGUAACCUUUAACAACAGGUAACCAUUUCUACGGAGACAUAAUGAUUUCUGGCCUUAAAUAGAAACGUUUUGAAGUUAUGUAUAACGUAACGACUGAGUAAAGGAUGAUUUUUGCCUCAGCAACAACUUGAUCCUGCAUGAAUUAAGAAGAGUAGAAAUACCUACCCUCAAGUAGCAAUAGCUAAUCGAUGCGGGUAAUUAGGAAAAGAUAUAUGGUACCAAAAGUGAAAAAUUACUAGCCAACUUACGCGCUUCGGACCUCCUCGAACACACGUGCACAUUCCUUUUUAGUUUCAGAAUAGGGUAUGGAAACUCGUAUAGAUGUGGGGACAGGUGUACUGACGGUUUUUUUACAACCAAAAUUUCUUGGAUGCAUACUGAUAACCAAAUUUUAUUACUCAUGUCUGCUAUAGAGGAUAAUAACUCGCGGUCUCGAGUAUAUUUCAUAAUAUGGGAAGUACCGGCACUGUAAAUGUUAAAGCUUUUUUUUUUUCUUACCUAAACAGGAUGUGAGAGAGUUGAAAGACCAAAGAGACCUGUUGGAGUUUGAGCUUGAGGAAAUGUCACAGCUAUCUGUAAGUUUACAUGGGUCCAAAUUUCGUGUUUUACAAAUCAUAACCGUAAAAGGUACCAUAAUGCCCCCAUCUGUCUCCUCUUCCUACUCUAUUGCGCUUGUCCUGUUUGAAUAAAUGCAACGAGAAAUGAAAGUUGAAUAUCGAAAGUAACGGAACAUGUGUCCUGUGUGAUAGGCGUUUGAGGGGAAAGGGGAAAUUAUAUUUUAACGUGCGCGAUUAAUUAACAAAGAGUUAUAAUUAGGUAUUUUUUUGUCAUCUUUCCUCAUGCCCUUAAUAACUGCAUGGUAAGGUAAAAAUCAUCAUUAAUUAUCAUAUUCGUCCUAGUCAUCUGUGUAAAUAAUUGUAACCAUCGUUUUGAUUAUCAUCAUCAUUAUGAUGAUUAACGAGUUGAUUAUUCAUUUUUCACUUCCCUUGUUGCAUUAACCGUCAUCAUCGUUAUUAUUAACCAUGUUAUCGUAAGUGGCAUUAUAUUGUGGAUGCUAUUGUCAAUUCACGAUUGAAAAUUGUAUUCUAGUGUUAUUUUCGUUCGAAUUUCUUUUCCGUUCUAUCAUCAGACCACAGGGUCUGAAGACUGGGAUUCUAGACGAGCCAGAAGUACAUGUAGUCUUGAAGCAUUUUCAUCUCCGAGUCGGGAAGUGAGUCACUGUCAGUUUGUGAAAUAAUACUGUAAAAUCAUGUUCUAGUAUAUUCUACUAGUCUUCACGCCUAUAAAAGAACAAAUCAGUAAAUUCUACUCUGAAUUGUGUGUCUAUAGCUUAGUCGAACACUGAAUAACUUACAUGCUGGGACGCCAAACAGAGGGCUUUGUUGUCAGGAAGCACUCUCAUCGGGCACAAACCUAAUCCUCUCUAUAGCCCGUUUAAUUGCUGAGUUCGAUAUCACCGGCCUUUAGUGCAAAACUAGGUUUUUUGAUUUUCUUACUUUGUUUGUUUUUGUUCUUGGACUGGACGGUCAAGUAACCGUGUGAAGUUUAAAACACACGAUAUAGCUUGCCUCUUCAUGAAUACGUCUGCUAGAGACGUUUUCCUAUUUAUUCUAUUUGUCUUUUUAUCGUCUGAUUUAGGACAACCUCUCUGGUAGUUUGUCUUUAGAAGAAAUCAAAGCCUGCCUCGAAGAAUUGGAGACUGAGAAAGUUAGUUUUGUUAAGCUUUUCUUUUAUAUUUGAAUUUUAUGCCCUUAUCCCUUUUUUGUCAGUUCCUAACUUUGAUGUUGUAUUUUUUUGUCAGGAAAAUGAGUUAUCUCCGUUGCAACAAAGCGGACUGAAACAAGCCAGAAUGAUGUUGGAAUCCAUGGCAGAGGUAAGAUUAGAUUUAAAAGUAUGGCAACUUGCCGCAAACAGAUAUGUAAGGAUAGGGAACAUUUAAAAAAGAGGCAGGAAGUGGUUUAAAGAAAGUCGGUUAUUACAGAAAACGUCUGACAUUCGUCUCAUUCAAACUGAUAAUUAGUUUAAUGCCCGCAACAACAGUGUUACGUCUGAUGUGACGGUUAGUCGUCAGAGAAAGCAUGAGAACGAAAAAUAACCUUUUAGUCAUUACGUGACAGUAUGCGUUUUGUCUUAAUAAUAUUGCCUCAUUCAGGCCUAGAGACGCGACAUUGAAGAAAUAAUCUUUCAUGUUGUGUUUUUUCUCCAUGUGACAAACAGAAAAUUAACCACAUGGAAAUCACGGAAUCUGCCUUAAGGGACAAAGUGCGGGAUCUGGACUUAGGUGUAAGUUAAUUAAAUAUUGUGUUCUGUUGCUCUUAUAUUUAAACAUAGUCCUAAUUCUUUGAUGACCUUCAGAAUUUGUAGUUGGUUACUGAAAUGUUAUUUCGACGUCUGUUUCGGACAAUUAUCCAGGCUGUGGUAGUACAGGAGCUCCAUUUCCCACCCAUUCCAAAACCAUAGGGUCUAUAACUUCUACGUUACCCAAAUCUGUCAGGUCUUGAAAUUGGGAAAACAAUUUAACAGGGGCUAGAAGGAGUGAUUUCAAAUUCUCAAAUUUGAUUGAUGGCGUCUUUCCAGUCGCGCCACGCUUAUUUCAGGCAUUGGCUUUUCAACUGAACAUGUCAUGUCCAUUUCUGACGAAAGUAAUUACAUGUAGCUACGGAACAUCGUAAACAGAAGUCACUUGAGAAAAUUGUGCCAGUUUUAAAGCUCCAAUCGUUUAAAUGAAAGCUCUUAUUGUGUGUUACCUUCUAGGCUACACGAAAUGUUGCUUGCCUUCACGUUUGUGUAUAAGAUCCUUAUCUUUUCCUGUUUUCAAAACAGUUCACUAAAUUGAUCUCAGCAGUGGUGUUAGUGGACUGAAACAAAUUCCUCAUUGAUAUUCGAAAUGUAGGAGACUAGUUUCAACAACUUUAGAUUAGCAAAACAGCUUUGCUCGUUGUGUUGUUACAAUUGCGAGAUUUUUGCACAUCUGUUUAUUUACACUACUAAAAUAACCUGGUUUAAUCAUUCAGACGAGAGCUUUUAAGUGUACUUUGCGUGUUAGCUAUAAUCUCAUCCUAUCUGUGAUGUCAAAACGUUGUGUUCAUUGCCUACUUUUGUUUGUCAUUAGUACAACAGCGAAUCCCUGAAGUCCGAGUUUCAAGAGUCAAGACGCCUGUCGGUGUUUACGUGUGACAAAGAAAGUCUCACUGAUCUGCAGUGGGUCGAACUGGAAGACAAACUGCCACAGAUUGAAGCCCAUGCAUACUCAAGGCCAGGGGAUCUCCACAUAAGCGGCAUAAAAGAAGACACAUGUUCCAUGACCGAUCUAGGCUGGGAGGACCUGAUUAGCAUGGAGAUGGUUUAUAGAAAGCACAUGAAUGCAUUGCCUUAUGAUAAUGAAAAUGGUGAUGGACAGCGUGACCUUGAACAUGAAGAUAAGGAAUGCAUGACUGACCUUGCGUGGCAAGAAUUAGUAGAAUUAGAAGAAAGUUAUAGAAAUAAUUUGAAGGAUUUGUUUCCUUUGGAUGCCGCAGAUGAACACUCUAUGUGCAAAGGUGAGAGAAAUACAGUAGAUAUUGAAACAAUGACAGAUCUUGAUUUUGAAGAACUUGAGGAAAUUGAAAGUUGCUAUCACAGAUAUCUUGACGAAAAGGUCUCAGUAAAAUCCAGAGAUGAAACAGAAACUAUGACAGAGAUAGUUUGGGAAGAACUUCUUCAAAGGACAAACAGUGAGGUUUAUUUGAGUUUAAGUGAAGCAAUUAAUGAGAAGGUAACGAAAAGAAAUUUUGAUGUGAAUGAAGUCGGUAUUAUGACUGAUCUAGAGUUAUCCGAACUCGCUAAAAUAGAAGAAAAAUACCUGCGAUACGUUGAACAUGAGUCCAAUAUUAACAUACAGAAGGAAGAACUUGUGGAAGUUUUACCCGAAAUUGUACUGGACACAUUCCCGGAAGAUAAUAUAGUGAAUACAAAAGAAGAGUACGCGAUGACAGAUUUGACAUGGAAUGACAUCAUUAACUUACAAGAUAAUUGCUAUGAUUAUGAGCGUAAUGUACAAGACCUCGAGAGGAAACUCGCCACCUUUAAAGUGCAGAAAGAUGAAAAGAGCAGUGGUACCGAAAUGUCCUUCACAGACUUGAGGUUUGACGAACUUAUUGGCUUGGAAGCAAAGUGCAGUGGAUAUAAAUCUGUCAUAAAGGAACUGGAGGGGAAGCUUGCUCAAUACGAGAGGAAUGACGCUAGAUUCAAUGUUGGGACGAAGGACGCUGAAACCAUGACAGAUGUAUCAGAAGAUAUGAUAGAUAAUGAAGGCCUACCGGUAGCCGUGCUAGCAAACUUUCCUAGUGAUAUACAAACAAAAGAUGAGUGUGACAUGACAGACGUGGUCUGGGAUGAGGUGGUGGAUCUUAAAAACACUUACCAAGAUUACAGAGAAAACUUAGAAGAAAUGAAACAAAAACUAGCACAGUUUGACGUUGAAAAAGACGACAAGGAAAGCAUAACUGAUAUAGCUAUGCAGGAUCUCGCAGACUUAGAAAGUAUGUACAAGGAACACUUACGUGAAGCAGAUUCGGAUACAAACUCUGUGCUAAGUCAUGCUGAAAAGGAGUCUAGAGAAUGUAUGACUGAACUCACGUUUAUCGAGAUUACAGAGCUGGAGGAUUUCUACAUUGAGAACGCAGCACGCGAGAUGGCAGUUUCCCCCAUUGUAGAAAAAUGGGAGCAAGAAAGCAUGACUGAUAUCACCUUAGAUGACAUGCAAUAUCUAGAAGAAGCUGAAUAUUUUGUUACACGUAACAGUCGUGCUGCAGAGAAACUCGAUAAAUAUACAGUAACGGAACUGACAAUUCAUGAUCUAGUGAACUUGCAAGAGAUAGCCACUCGAAGUGAACUCCUUCAAGGUGCAGAGAAGGUUGAGGUAGCGACUUUAACAAACCUUACUAUUCCAGACCUUGAGUUUCUGGAAGACAACUAUGACGUUCAUCAAAACUGUCCUGUCCGUGCAGCAGAUACCCUUCGUAAAGAGCACAUAGGUGUUGGUACUGAGUUGACGGGUGAAGACCUGAAAUAUUGGGAAGACGUUGAAGCAGCGCACGAAGAGUGUUUGCUUGACAAGGAAGGCGAGGAAGGCUGUGAAGAAAAGCAAGACGCAGAAAUAAUGACCGAUUUGACAAUCGCAGAUUUGCAGUAUUUAGAGGAGGUUGAUGCUGCGCAUGAAGAAUGCCUUCUUGAUAAGCAAGAGGAAUUGAAAGGAAAAGAAACCAUAGUGGAGAGGGAAAGUAUAGAAAUUAUGACAGAUAUGACCAUUUCUCACCUUCAGUAUUUAGAGGAGGUCGAGGCUGCUCAUGAAGAAUGCCUCGUUGAUAAGCAAGAGGAAUUGGAAGGAAAAGAGGCCUUUGCUGAAAAAGAAAGUGUAGAAAUCAUGACAGAUAUGAGCAUUUCUGAUCUUCAGUACUUGCAGGAAGUCGAGGCCGCUCAUGAAGAAUGCCUUGUUGAUAGACAAGAGGAAUUGAAAGUGAAAGAGGCUUAUGUUGAAAAAGAAAAUGUAGAAAUCAUGACAGAUAUGAGCAUUUCUGAUCUUCAGCACUUAGAGGAGGUCGAGGCAGCUCAUGAAGAAUGCCUUGUAGACAGACAAGAGGAAAUUGGUGGGAAUGAAGCCAUUGUGGAAAAGGAAAGUAUAGAAAUCAUGACAGAUAUGAGCAUUUCUGAUCUUCAGUACUUGGAGGAGGUCGAGGCAGCUCAUGAAGAAUGCCUUGUUGACAAGAAAGAGGAAAUUGACGGGAAUGAAGCCAUUGUGGAGAAGGAAAGUAUAGAAAUCAUGACAGAUAUGAGCAUUUCUGAUCUUCAGUACUUGGAGGAGGUCGAGGCAGCUCAUGAAGAAUGCCUUGUUGACAGGAAAGAGGAAAUUGACGGGAAUGAAGCCAUUGUGGAGAAGGAAAGUAUAGAAAUCAUGACAGAUAUGGGCAUUUUUGAUCUUCAGUACUUGGAGGAGGUCGAGGCAGCUCAUGAAGAAUGCCUUGUUAACAGGCAAGAGGAAAUUGACGGGAAUGAAGCCAUUGUGGAGAAGGAAAGUAUAGAAAUCAUGACAGAUAUGACAAUAUCUGAUCUUCAGUACUUGGAGGAGGUCGAGGCAGCAUAUGAAGAAUGCCUUGUUGAUAAGCAAGAGGAACUGGAACGCAACGAAGCCACAGUGGAGAGGGAAAGUAUAGAAAUUAUGACCGAUAUGACCAUCUCAUAUCUCCAGUACCUAGAGGAGGAAUCAAAAGCCAAAACUACCGAUUCAGAAAAGCUUAGUGUUGGAACAAUGACAGAAAUGACUAAACUUGACCUUAGGAAUUUUGAAUCCAUCGCCUUUGAAAAGGGAAAGACUAAAACACCAAAGCCAUGGAAGCGAAGAUCGAGGUCGUCAUCUUUAACAGAUUAUCACGACUAUCGCUAUCACCAUCACCACAAAAACACUAUGACUGAAAUUACAGGAAAUAUCCUUGACUACUACGAAGAAAUUGACGUUCUCUAUAAAGAAAACAUGGUGGAAUUUGAUGAGCUCAAGAGACUACAUUAUGUGGAAAAAGAAGAAAAAGAUGCCAUGACAGAUGUGACCUUUGAGGAUCUGAAAGAUCUUGAACAAAAGAGUCUUCUUUGGAGGGAGAAAGCUGAUGAGCCAGCGGGAGGUGUCGCAAAGGACGAUGCAGAGGUGAUGACUGAUCUUACGACUGCUGAACUGGAAUACUUUGAGGAAGCCGAGAGUCUGUUGAGAAAGAUUAGUGGCGAAAAUGGUGGGAUGGCUCCCAAAGAUGAAAAGGAGGUACUAACAGAUUUGAAGAGCUCUGAUAUUGAAUACCUUCAGGUGCUAGCGGAUAUCUAUGAUGAUGGCAGUAGAGGUGUCGAUGUUGAAGUUGAGGCAGAGAAAUGUGAUAAAGAAACAGAAACGGAGUUAAGACUUGUGGACAUUAGAGAUCUUGAAGAUCAGGUCAUUAGUGAAGCCGCAAUAAAAUCCACGCAUGCAGUAAAGGAGGCCGUGAACGACAAUCUGGUACCUGAAACUCUUGUGAAUUUACAGGCAGAGUUGGACUUCUUGCCAAUCUUGGAUGAACCUGAGUACAUUUUCGAUGAUGAAGACAACGAGAACGAUAUCCAAAGAGCAGAGACUGGGAUCAUGACCGAAAUGACAAUUGCCAACAUAAGAGACCUGGAAGAUCAACGGAAUAGUACAACAGAAGUAGAGGCUUUUGAGGACGAACUUCAAGCUGAAGAUCUCGAAGGAUUACAAACAGGGGUGGAGUAUCUACCAGUAUUAGAUGAACCCGGGAGGUUUUUUGAGGAGGAAGUCAAUCGCGAGCACAUCUUAAGACACGACACCGGGGUAAUGACAGAAUUGAGGCUGUCUCAUUUGGAAAACUUUGAUAAAGAUAAUUUAUACCGUCGGGAUGAUGGUGUGGAAUUGACAAGAAGAGUCGAGGCAAGUGUUCAGUGUGAUCUGGAGGAUGUAACCUCACUUAUGCAAGAACUGACUAGAGAGGCAGAAAACAAGGGCGAAGAUAUUCCAGCUUGGUUUGUGAGCGCUUUAAGGUUGAGGCAACCUGAGGGAGGUUUGUUGUCAGUUUUGUACCUCUUGCAUGUGCACGUGUCUGAUCAAUUUUGCUGAAGAAGCAUCAUCGGCGCGCACUGAGAAGACCUAAAUGUAAAAAGUAAACGAACUCUAGCUGUAUAUGUUAAAUCAAAAACCUAAAGAAUGUUGUGAAUUUACCAGACUGUGUUUCUUAUUGUGUGUACUCUCUAAACCACGCCACGCAUUAUAGCUAUUGAGCCAUCCACGUGCAGUGGAAAGGCUUAAAUAUAGAGAAUGAGAAGUUGAUCACAGCCACGUCCCAAGUCAAAUAAAAGCGUAAAUGAUGUCGUAAAAGUAUAGUAUAUGUUUUUACUAAAGCACCAAUUGUUAAAAUAAUUAAUAAUAAAAAGCAAGAGAUCAUAAUAGGACCUACUAUGAUCUCUUGCAAAAAGGUAGUGAUUUUGUAAAGGUUUGUAAAAGACAGAAAACGUGUUAGACGUGUUUAACAAUGCUUUUAAGUUGUUCAUGGUUAUGAAAUUGAUAAUACAAUGUAAACCAUUGUGAAACAGCUAUAACAUAAACACUUUAACAAUAACACAGUAAAGCAAAAUCACUAGUCCUAAUAUUAACAUUAGCACUUAUAUUGUUUAUUGACAGAUAAUAACGUCUUAGCUCCAGAUUUUCAGAUUUAGUAGAAUACUUGUUUUAAACAAUGAAUAUAACAUAGAACGUUUACAAGAAAAUAAUAGUGAUAUCCGAGGUUUAAGGUGCAGGGUUUUAACCCUAGUAUCACGUUAAACAAAUAACCAUCCUUUAAAAGCUUAUUCGAAGAGGUUAAUUAUUUUAAGGCGGUGAAAUAUAAACUCUUAUUUAUGCUUUAUUUCAACAGAAUGCUAUGCACGUCUUCUGGUGGUUUUGAUAAACUUUUUUUGCUUCAAUUGUUAACUUUACAUAUUUCCAAUGUUCAAUUCUAAAUAACGAAUUUCCAUUUUAAGCUCUUUUAACGUAAACUAAAACCUUAAAUCUUGAUGCUUCAAUUUUUGUAUUUUUGCUGCCUUGUUUUUAUAUUGGUGGAGUUGCUUAUCAGGAUUCUGAAUCUAUGUCCAUUUAUUAAUACUGUCUUUUUAUUGCACUCGUUCAUUUUUCAAGGCUUCAACCCUGUUCAUAUUGUGGUGAGGGAAAGUGACAGCGUAGACGCAUUUCCAGCAGUUGAAUUCCAGGAUCUGCAAUCGCAGAGUCAAGAUGAUGUUGAAGAGACACCAAUCGCUAACAAUUUUGGCAACUCAGUAAUCCCUCCGGAGGAUUCCCCAAGAAGCCUGCGUGACACACCAAUUGAUAAAAUGAUUCUCGAGUCCUUGAUUGUCGAGGAAGGUGAUGCUUCAUCCAAAGAAGUCGGUAUUCAGUGUGACCUUAUUGACUUCUUGGCUAUGUUAGAAGAAUAUCAUAGGAACACAGGCGAAGAUGUGACACCAUGGUUUGUAUCAGCCAUGAAUAUGUCAAGAGAUGACACAGGUAUGUUGAUGACUAUUUGCCAGUGUUGUACUUACACUGAUAAACGCCCUAUGCGUUAUAGCUUUUGAAAGCUGUCUUGUCUGGCUUUGUUUUAACAGAUCCAACACGUUAUUCCAACUUUUUUCCUUGUUACUGUUAUCAGAAAACGGCUCGACUAACAUCAAAUGGUUUGUUUUUAAAAAAUACAAUAUUUUCGAUUCAUCAAUGGGACAGAAUUCCGUAUUGUAAAGGACAUAGCUGUUUCCCACCCAUGCUGUCGAUCUCGGGUUCGAGUUCUGGCAAACUGGUACAUUUUAUCCUUUUUCUUUCUUGUUCGUUCACUUUAUAUCCUUCUGUUAGAUCUCUCCUCUGGGAGUAUUUAUUUCUAGCCCAACAUCUUUUGAUGCAACAUAUGGUAUUGAUUUAAAUCCGUCCGGUCGGUGGACAGUAUUGGAUGUAUUUGCAUGAUGUUGGAUCCGCUUUCAUUUUCAAGCGGAUCCUCAACUGACCGUCAUUUGAUGCUGGAUGUUGAACUUACAUGUUCGAUCUAUCUUUAAAAGGGGCGAUAGGAAUAUAGUUAGAGCAGAGUCCAAGAAACGUUUGGUGUUACGAUUGAGUUAGUUACCCGUACCAGUAGCCGUAAAUAGGGAGUUUAAGAUAUCACGACGGCUACGGCGGCAAGAACGUCGCUUAAAGGGUGACUUCUCGAUCUAUGAAGCUUAAGUGUAAUUAUCCCAACUCAAUCACUAUGUUUUAUGUAGGCGAACUCUCCUGGAGUUGAAUUCUUAAGAAAAAUAUCCAGCUUUACAAAGAGUAAGAGAGAUUCGUCGUCGUAUGUUCACGUUGUCGAUAAAACGUGAAAUUAGGCAAUUCACGUCGUAGUCGUGCAGUGACGGCAAAGAAAUUUACAAAAAAGCGUGAUUCACGUGCAUAGUUGUUGUUCUGCUAAUCGUAACCGAUUGCUUUUUGACGUUCUCGUUGCCGUCACCGUAGUGGCAUCUUAAACUCCCUAAUUAUUACUCUUACGCCAAGGAAACUCCAAGGCUACCGGCUAGGACGGUGAUGUCCUCAUCACAUCUGGGGAAGUCAUGGUUGCCUUUUAUAUAACUAUGUGGCAAACGUGUUUGCCUAACCGUACGUCCCAAACGGGAAGUUCCAAAAUUACAAUUGGGUGAUUUUAUUCAGGCUACGAUCCAGUGGAAGUGAUGCUGAGGACUCGAAGUGAUUCCAACCUUGUGCAAGAUGAUCCAAAGACCUCCAGUCUCACAAUGGAGUUGUCGCGCCCGCCAGCACCCCCAAGGAGUUCGACAUUUACCGUUGAUCUUUCGCCAGACGGUCAAGAAGAGGAGCUCCAGGCAGAGAUUUCUCAAGGUAUGUGGCGUAUGGUGCAUGCCACUUGUAUUUGACCCUAGGAAACUGUAAUGUGUAAUUUCCUAGUGUUUAGGUAACAGGCCGUUAGUGUUUUGCCUUUCGGUUGCGUGCUACGUAUAACACAGUGACGGUAAAAGUUGUCAUUCACCUCAUUGUCGUUUAGGCAACCGUAGGUAGGUUUGUUGUUCGUAGUUUUGUACCUCAUGCAUGUGCAUGUGUCUGAUCACUGUUGCUGAAGAAGCAUCAUACAAAUUACAAGUUAUAAUUUUUGGCUUGGCCUCACUUAAAUCUACAAUUUUAAAACUUAAAUCGCUUUGAAUUACGAUUAAUUCAAGUGUAUCUUUUAAGCCGACUCAGCUGACCCACUGUUGGCAUCUCAAGAUGGAAGCGACAGCGUGUUCAACCGAACAGACGAAUCCUUUGUCCCUCCUACCACAGAAGAGACAGAUGUGUUGACAGAGAUGCCACAGAGUAGCAGCGCUGUAAACCGGUUUGACCGGUUUUUAAAAGAGAGAAAGGACUCUGAGCUGUUCAACCUGCAAGCUCUGAAAGAGAAUCUGGAUACCAGUAGCGGUGAAGCGACGUUGGAUGUCAAGGUAUCAUGUCAUAUACCUGCAUUGUUAAUUUUGUUGACUUAGCCUCAAUUAAGGGUUAUGUGCUUUUGGGAUGCAUUCGCUUCUUCGUACCCCUCCCCGAUCACUAUGAUCGUUUAGAUCGCUGGACCUUUUUCAGCAAUCGAAGCAAUGUGGAGCUUUUCUGGAACGGGUCGGUCCUCGAAUUCUAUCGCUUGAAAGCGUUGAUUACCUUGGAACAAGCGAACACUUAAGUGGCCGAGAAAAAAAAAGAAGAAUCGUAAUUAGCAAACCUUCGAUGGUGAUGCUAAAUGGUCGGGUGUUGUAAACUUCCAUUGUAUACAAAUGAGUCUCGCGAUGACCAUGCGGUUUAUUUUCGGCGGUGAUUGAAAUAACGCGCCAUGUUCAUUGCGUUUUUGAUCUCUGGCAAUGAUGUAAUUUCUCUCGAAUCGAAGCCCUUGAAUUUCCGUUUAUUUAUACACGCGUAUAGCUUGCGAUCGCAGACAUAUUUCCGGUCGUCGCUAACACGCGUACUAAAUCAAUUCAGAAACAAAUCGUCGAAUACGAUAUAAAAAGGAAAUAUCUUGAAGAAUACUCGACCGUCGAAAAAGUAGGAAGUGAAAAACCUUUGUUGAGCAAAUCUGUUUCGCGUAGAAUUAGUCGCCUUCUUAUUUCUUAUGAAAUCUCCAAGCAAGCGAGACUUAACGCCACUUUUAAGACCGUUCUUGUUUCGAAAUAGAGUACUAAGAGUAGCUGUUCCUGAACGGCUUACCCAAGCAGUGAGUAUUAUUGUUAAAAAAGGCUCUUAGGAGCCACCACAUAGAACAAGUAAUAACUAGUGUCAGAUAACCAACGAAGUAAUCACCGACUUGCCUGUUAGUUAAGUCGAAAGUGUGAAGAUUUUAGUCUCUCUAGUUCACCCGCCAGCUGCAGAGAUUCAUAUUCCUUAUGAUAGACAUUACGAAGUAUCCUCUGGACCUAAUCCUUACCAAAACCCGAUAGGCCAUUUGAACGAUGGCGUCAUUUUACUACUAAGACCAGAAUCCCUCAGGGUUUUGCUUUCUUCUGCAAAUCAGUGCUUUUGUUAUUUUAACCUCGCUGGGAUUACCAAAUUCAUAUAUGAAAGGAAAAACGACAGGUAUUCUGGUUGUGCUAGUGAAAUGACGCCAUCGGGAAAAUGGCGUAUCCGUAUGGAAUUCAUGUGCAAAUUAGAAAUACUUGUUUCUAAUAUGAAGUACCUACGUUAUGUGUUUCUUGCAUUUCUGAACUGUUUAUGCGGACAUUUUCUGAAAGCUUCCGUCAAAAGCGUUCCAUUCUAGAUAUCUCGAAACGGAGGUCCGACUGUUAAUGUGUCCGGACGACAAAUUGCAUGAAACGUUGCACACGUCAUCAUUUCAAAUACGAACAUUUUCAUUCACUUAACAGGCACUAACACAUGGCUCAUACUUAUAUAUUUGUUAAAAUGGUAAAUGGCAAGAAAUCCGGAAGUUGAGGACUAUGAAAUUGGACGGUCAUCUCUUAGACUUGGUUUCUCCUUAGUUUGGCAGAACUUAGAGUAAAUGCCGAUAGUUGGAACUUAGACAAAUAAUUUUCUCUCUUUUACUUAUUCCAAUGCUGUCUUUCACUUUCAUACCAAAAUGUGCUACUGGUCCACAGCCUUAUCGAAUUUUGUUUUAUCGUUUUUUUUGUCAGACAUUGAAAGAACUUGAAGAGGAAAACGAGAUUUUAAAAAGACAGGUGGAAGAGAACGCCAAAGUAAGUCAUGCAAAUUAAGAGGCAAUUUUAUCGAAAAUGGAUAUUUCCACGACACCCUAAAUUUCUUUGAGUUCCACAGAUUCUUAAUAGAUUGAAACUUUUCAUAUUCCCAAUUAUAAAUGGAUAUUGCCUUUCAGAAUUUCACCUAUUUUUAUACAGUACUUCUAACAUUUUUACGUGUAUAAAGUUGACAAAAAGCUGCCCAAUAAGCUUUUUCUUUUAAGCGACCCUUCGUUUGGGGGCAUAGGCGUUCUCCAGGAUUAAAGAACCACAAGAACACUAACCCUGGACAACCGAUUGAUAUCCAUGUGAGUUGGUGUAUAGGUAAGGUAAAGGGGGACACGAGCUAAUGAGGCCCACACGGCCGGAGCGCAACUCGGUUUCAGUAGUGUGAUUUACAUAUGGGUAUUGUUACUCCGCCCUUGCACAGGAGAGUUACCCCCAGUAGUGUGUCACCGCGGUACCCAUCUAUACACUUGGUGAAGACAAGCAAAGGAGAGAAAUCGUUUCAAGAAACAACGCGGCGAUAAGGCUUGGAUACAUACAGAGCUCCAGAUUCGAAGCUUUAGGUGUUAAACACUCGGCAACUGUACCUCAACGGUUUUUUGUUUAUCCAUGUGAAUAUUGGACCAUGUGCAGGCAACUGGAGAGCCGUUCAUGGUAGGCUAUGUCAAUACAACUAUCCGGCAGACAUAGGUCCCCCCCCAACCCAAAAAUCUAAGCAUUAACCAAAUAACAGGGAAAAAUUACUCGGGUAUGCUGCACCUAUGACUCAAAGAAGUGAAUGAGUUUGUUUGCUUUCCAGAAUGCGGAAGAAUUGGAAAAGGAGCUAGCUGCCUUGAAGGAAAACGUCGAGGUGAGAUUUGGAAGAGACACUAAUUAUCUUAAUCCUUCCUCUAAAAGAGGCGAACAUCAAAAGAUCAAGUAGAGUUCCAAUUUUCAUUUUGCGAAUCACUGAAGACUUAAGGAUGCCACUAAUAUAGAGGGAGGAGCAGUCAUUCAAUUGACCACACGAAAGGACUUCGUCUACUGACAGAGUCCAAACUAGCAAUUGCAGUAUAUUUACAACAUAAAUGUGAACUAUAUUCAAAAGAAAACCAACUAGUUGAUAAAUGAUUUGUCAAAGUAUCAAAUUACUCCUUAUUUCCUUGUUUCCUUCUGUUUUUAGUCGGUUGGGGACUUGGAUGGUGAAAACGAGUCACAAGAUGUGGACGAACUUCAGAAUGAGAUAGCUGUACUAAGAGAGAAAGUCGAGGUAAUGAAGAAUCGAAGGGACAUUUCUGGUUCUUUAAAGUCAUAAAAUAGUUUCGAAACAAGUCUUUAUUGCAAUGUAUUGAUAUCACUUUUUUUUCAGUUGAUUGAAGAUUUAGAAGAGGAAAACCAGUUAUUGAAAGAGGAAGUUGCCUUACUGGGAGAAGCAGCGGUGAGACGCAGGUUUACUGCUACCAUCUUUUCCGAAGCAGAAACUGUUUAAACGUCAUUUGUUUCUGAUGUACUUUCUUCUUUUAUUAGUCGGCCAGAGAUUUGGACGAGGAAAACCAAGUACGAGAUAUGGAAGAGAUGAAAAAUGAGAUAGCUACGCUCCGAGACAAAGUAGAGGUAAUGUGCUAAAAACGCAAACAUCUCGCGAGAGGCCUCUUAUUAACCGUUUAAGCCCCAAUAACCACAUACAAAUUCUCCAAACUGAUCUUCAUACAUUUCCUAAAACAAUUGGUUGAGAGAAUAUGUUUGCUGAUCAAAGCUUUUCACAUCAGGUAAUGAUUCGUUUAAUUCUCAAUUUGGUCACUCUUGGGACGUAAAGCGUUGAGAGCCAAUCCUCUAUUGACAGCCAGUCGUUAUCUAUCAGUAAAACAUUGUAAACAGAACCACCAAUAAGCGAGUGCUCUUCUUGAUUCUAAGAUAUUCAACUGUAAAUAAUGAUUUAUCUUUAAUGAGAAAGAGAGUUACUGGUCAGACGGAACUAUGCUUUUAUCAUCGUCUACGGACAGUAUCCUAGGUUGCUGUUCUUUGUUUUUGAUUUGUUUUCUUCUGGAUUUUUAGUCGGCGAAAUUUUUGGACGAGGAAAAUAAAGAAAUGCAAAAUGAGAUAGCUGCACUUAAAGAGAAAAUCCAGGUAAUCAUGGUGGCGAUUAAAAUUCAUCACUGAUAAUCCCUGUGGGUGUUUGAGUUUUUUCCGAAUACUUACCCAAAUGACAUGAUUUUUCAAGUCCGAAGUACAAAAUGUACAAAAUUAAACCAGGAAGGUCGUUUAGAUACAAACAUAUUUCCCUUAGAAAUGGUAACUGCAUUUGCUCUAUAUCGGCACUAUUAAAACCCUGUCUGAAAAACAUUUCAUAUUUAACAGUCAUGGAAAACUAGAAUCUGAACUGAAGUCAUGUUACAACCUUGGGUUGGAGGGGGCGGGGGGCAUUUAAGUGCUGUUACUCUUCCACAGGGACCAGAGGAGUUUCGUGUGAAUAAAUGCAUUACUUAUUUAAAGUCUCACCUUGAAAAAUGUCUAUACCUGUCGCUUAGCACGAUUCAUUAGCCCAAUGGGAUCUUUAUGAAUGUGCUGUAAACGAUUUCUUCGCUUCUUAUCUGACCCAGAUCGACUUUGUUGUUCGCCAUUUUGAAAAUCAAAAACCGCAAGCCAUAUCCUCGCCGGCGCACGGCUCGUCGAAAGCCGAUCUUGCGAGCCCUCAGUCUCUUGGUUUGCGGUCUAUAGAAUGUGUAACGAAACUGUAACGCGAUCAAAAUAACCCAUUUUUCAGAGGUUUUCGACGGGUUUUGAUGUUCUAAGGACAAACACAUCUCCUCUGGACCCUGUGACUCUCCUAGAGAUGUCCUCUUUAUAGAGAGUAAAAGAAAACUACUGAAGAACGUUGGGGACCAAUUCUAGUUGUUCCGAAUGGGGAGGUGUUUGGUGUUAUAGAGGUUCUUAUUGAGAGAGCUGACUACUAUUAUCGCAUAUCUGAAAAAAGCCUUGAAACCACUAAUGUAAUGACGUGCAUUCUUUCUUUUUGGUUUAGUCGGCUGAUGAUUUUAAGGAAGAAAAUCAAUUGCUCAAAGACGAAAUUACUACACUGAAGGAUACUGUGGUAAGAAUCUUUACUCAUAAACAUUACCCUGUACACGCGAAAAGUGAGAUAUUCUUCAGGGUUUAAAAUGUGUUGCUUUCCAUUUACAGAUGGCCCGAGAGUUAGAAGAAGAAAAACAGUUACAAAAUAUGGAAGAUUUGCAAAGCGAAAUAGCUUCACUCGAGGACAAAGAAAAGGUUAUGUCAUUAUCACAUUAUGAAGUGAUCAUCGUAGGUUUCUAACUUAUUCUCUUUAACGAAAAUUGGUUAGAAAAAUAUAAUGUUAACUUUUUUGUGCCUGUCAUGUUUUCGCAUUUAGACGGCUAAACGUUUGGAGGAGGAAAACCAGCAACUCAAAGAGGAAAUUAACAUAUUACGAGAAACUGCGGUAGGAAACUUUAAUUUAUGAAUUUCUGUAUACACGUUUAUUACAUAAAACUCAUCUUUCUUUCGUGUUGUUUUGCUUGUAGUCGGUCAGAAGUUUAGAGGAGGAAAACCAGUUUAAAACUAUGGAAGAAAUGAAGAGUGAAAUAGCUGCACUCAAAGAGAAAGUCAAGGUAAAGAACCGAUUAUUCUAAAAAGGGAAUUGUCUUUCAUAAAAAUAGUUUUCCGACUUGUUUAACUGCAUUACGUUUUGUCAUUUUGAUCGUAGUUGGGUAGAGAUUUGGAGGAGGAAAACCAAUCGCUGCGUGAGGAAAUUAACAUAUUGAGAGAAUCCCUGGUAAGACCCUUUGCGUAGUAGUUUCUUCGUGUUGCGGACGGAUGCGAUGACCAAAUGACGUAAUACAAAAGAUUAAAAAGACUCUAAUCAAUACCCCCGGCACAGAACAAAAGCGAAACAACAAUAGUUCCCACAGCACUAAGAAACACCCCUUUACUUAAAUCACCCUUUUCUUCAAAAUAACAGUCAAACCUGCCUUACGGAUGCCCACUUAAUUCGGACACCUCAUUAUUACAGACCGUUUGCUUGGUCGCUGGAGAAAGAAAGACCUUACAUUUUCUAUAAAUUCAACCUGCUCAAUACGGACACCCCGGUAAUACGGACACUUUCUAUGGCCCCCUAAGUGGCCGUAUUAACUGGGUGGCCGUAUUAAGCGGGUUGAAUUUAGAGGAAAUGUAAGGGUUUUCUUUUCCCCAGGGACCAAGCAAGUAAACGAAUAAAUAAGCAAAUAGAUAAUUAACUAAUGUAUUAUAUUUUGUUCCGUUUACAGUCGGCCAAAGGUUUAGAGAAGGAACAGCAGUUACAGAAUGUAGAAGAACUUCAAACUGAAAUAGCUACACUCAAAGAGAAAGUCGAGGUAAUUUAUUGUCGUCAACCGAAAAAUGGUUUACGGGCAAGUUGAACUGUAAUGCAUAUUUGUGUCUUUGUUUCAGUCUCUUAAAAAUACGGAGGAGGAAAAGCACAUGCUAAAAGAGGAAAUAAGCGCGUUGAGAGACGCUGCGGUACGAAAGAUGUUUUAUGAAAUUUUAUACGCGUGUUUGUGUACCACGCAAAACUGAGCUCAGUAUAUUGUCCAUUUGUUUUUUAUUACUUCGGCGGAGCGCGAAGUAAAGGUUUCGCGACGCUCAGGAAUGUAUCAAAGUUACAAUUUUUUGACAAGAUUGGGCAUGCAAAGUCUGUAGGUUUUCGGUUCUAUUCGGCUACUUGACGAAGUGAGAGCCGAAUUAAUUCGAGAUAUCUCGAGAUCACUUCGAUUUCUUUGAUUUAUUCUUUAACUUUUUCGAGGAAGAAAGAAUUAUUAUUUUGGCUUUCCUGGGGUUUGAACCGACUCACCUGUGUGACCCGUCAGAUCAGAGGAGACUCUAAGUUGAGGGAUUAACCAAUUGCGCUACUGCGACCCAAGGUAGGUUGGGAUAUGAAAAAUAGUUAUGAAAUGAUGCACUAGUUUCGGCACAAGAUUGGGCGUGCAAGUUCGUGACUUUUCGGCUUGUUUCAACUAUUUCACGAAAUGAGACCGGACUACUUCGUGAUAUCUUGAGAUCACUUCGAGUUUAGUCUUUAAUUACUCGAGGAUAUUUCGUGGCCGCGCAGAGACACGAAAUUUCUCCUCGAGUGUUGAAAAACAUUUCACGAGUGAGCCCUCCUUUAGAACUGUUUUAUGAUGAAUUUAAAGUUACAAAAUGCUGCACAAAGACAUUUUGUCUUUGUUGAGUGUUACGUAGUAAAAUUGCUUUCAUGCGUUGCGUAACUUUCUCGAACGUUCUGUACGUUUUUAGAUUAGCCAUGAAUAAUUAAUUAGGGCAUGUUUACAUUUCAGCAUGAGUCAGCAGAUUUGCAUCAGUUACUGAAAUCAUAAAAUAUGUCGAAAAGCUACUACUAUUCGCCUGCUGUUAAGUAUUUUCUAGAACCUUACGUCAAACGGUAUACAAGUUCCAAGCGAGUUCUUUUGAAGAACUAAGUUUUUUCCCACGAGCUGGACUGCUGUGUUUAGUCAAGUGUGACGAAGGUCGAUUUUCAGGUAUUGUGUUUACAGGUUCGCGGAAGCCGUAAGAUAUCUGAAGUUCAAGUCAGAGUUUGUUAUUAUUGGUAGAGGCUGUUUAGUUUUACUCAAAGUUCAAGUCAAGUUUUUGUUGGUGGAUGCUGUGUUUUAAAGCUCUGUAAAGGCUAUGUUCCUUUGGUGUUAAACCUCCUUGUGUGAAUCCGACAUCCCUGCGUGCUGAUAGUCAGUGAAUAAUUAUCCUCAAAACAUUCGAACUCGUGACUUUGAGUUUUAGCCAAUUCCAUGCUCAACGUAAUUGACUCCUUACCCAUGCCUUACAUAUCUUUAACCCAUUCGUCCCUGAACCGCCCGUAACCGCCCGUGCGGAUCCAGGUCCUUUCUACCCUUUGUGACGUCAUCAGUUGUAACGGUCAAGGACAACUUUCUUCGCUAACUUGUGCAGAGUGAAGAGAUCUUUUAAACCAUACCAGAAUGAGCACAAUUCAGUCAAGAACACCGGAGAAAGAAGCAUAAAACCACGUGACAAGGACCCGAAAAUCCUCAUGAAAAUCUUGUACCAUUACCCACCUACCUUUCCUUUCACCUAAUCCUAAGAUCCUAAAAGCUUUCCUAAAAACUCUUCCCACCAAAAUGAAGCCUACUAAAUGCCCAGCAAGAGAAAAAAAAAUGAGGCAAGAAAAGCGAAAAAAGAAGGGAGGAGAGAAAGCGAAAAGUAAAAGUCAAGACUGCUGUGUCACUUUUUGCGCAUGCCCGAACUUCGCAAGCUGAUAUUUUGCAUCUGGAUCUGAAGGCCGCCAAGUGUACGACCUGUAAACCGGUUUGUGGUAAGUUUUAGCUCUUUAUAGCACGACAGUGACCAGAAAACCACUCGACUAGCUUCAAAACGUGUUUUUCGGCAAAAUCUCCAGGAGCGAAUGGGUUAAUCAGUACAUGAGACUGCUAUGCUGUUUUUGAAGCCUGAUGUGACUAAGAAAAUAGAGAAUUGUUUUAUUAGAAGGAUUUGUAUGGAGUCAUCACAGCAUUACUGGGCUAAUAUCUCGGAGACAAUUUGUCCCGAAAUGCUAGUUUUUGGCAAGUAGGUCUCUUGGAUGUUGCUCUUUUCAGAAUAUCCUGACAGAUCCCAUAAUUUCACAAAUUAACACCUUACUCUCACCAUAUUUGAUUUCUUACUAUUCCUCCGCAUUUACAAUUAAUUAGUUCCACAACCACGACGCCGAAGUGUACGCUCCGUAGCGUCUUGUUUCGUUUGUAGUCGGUGAGAGAUUCAGAGGAGGAAAACCGGUUACAGAGCGUGGAAGAAAUGCGAAAUGAAAUAGCUGUACUCAAAGGGAACGUCGAGGUAACGGAGUGCUAGAUAACUUAUUAUAUCUUUAUCCGCCCAAAUUUCUUUCAAGAAAAGUUAACUUGCCUGCGUUUUAUGUUUUUAUUUUCAGUCGUCGCAAGAUUUGGAGGAAGAAAACCAGUUGCUUAGAGAAGAAAUAAAUGUACUAAAAGAAUCUGCGGUAAUGAAUUUUCCCUUUUUAAAAAAGUUUCCUUACACACCCAAAUAGAAAACCUGAGCUUUUCUUUAUUCUCACCGACGCGCUGCUGUGAUAGAUACCAUAGAUCUUAUAAAUUCGAAUUGGUUUGAUUUUGCGCAAAAAAACCAUUAUGCUAGAUGCUGCCUAGUGUGUUUCUGCUAUCUUCAUGAACCUGUGGGAGAGCGAAGUUUUUCCCGUGAUCCGACAAGAUUCGUCAUAAUUUCCAGUUCGAAGUUUAAAGGUCAAGUAAUACGGGCAACAUUUUCGCACAACUUGUCGCGCAACAUUGUUGCGUUGCAAGUUGAAAGGCGUUGUUGGCCGUAUUACCACCCUCGCUCUCAACUUGUCAGGCAACAAAUUUCGAUGUUGCAAGCUGUGGCAACAUGUUGCGCAAAGUAGACCUGAGUUCUACUUUUUGCAACAAACUUUCAAUUUUAUCAUUUGCAUCAUAACUUGCUACACUUAACAACUCUUGUGACUGGUCAUUUUUUCCUCCCCCAAAACGCGGGAAAGAUUGUGAGGAAGCGCGCGCUUGACCUCGGGCAUAUCCGAUUUGGGCAGGAAGUAAACAUUGCCGAGGUAGUGGAGGUUGAGAACGUUGAGACCCAAGAUUGUGAAUUUAUUAGUGAAAAAAUUUCAGAGGCCCAAAGAAAAGAUUUGUGCAAAGAACUUGAAAAGCACCAAUGUCUGUGGGAAACUUGUGGACCAGAGUAUAAAAACAAACCACGGAGGUCAAGAGCUUUGGAUGAGUUAUGUCAAAAAUUUAACAUCACCAAACUGUCUUAAAAAACAACUACAUAGCCCAGGGGCACCCAGCGUCAAUUUUCGAAAAACAUCUGUUCGGAAGACGAUUUGAGGUCUAGAAUUUUCGGAACAUUUUUUGUAAAAUUUCUUACUUGUGACCUCUCCUAGGAUUUUCAAACAUCUAAAAAAUGGUAUAAUUGCCCAUUUUUAACGGAUUUUUACCCUAAAAAGGUCACCUAGAAUUUUCGGGAGCCUUUUUUCGGGCUGAAAUUUUCGAAAAGGUAAGUUUUGAUCCCUAUGAUUUUCGGAUCACUAGACUUUCAGCUAGGAAAUCUGAACAGAUGAAAAAUUUUUAGGGGAUGAAAAUAUGCCUAUAUCUACCGUUCAAAUACUAAAAUACGUUCAACAAUGUUAUUUUUAAGUGGUUUUGAACUAUAUUCUCGAUGGGUACCCCUGAUAGCCCUAGAACGGAAUUGACAAGGGAAGUGGAAAAAGAAACCACAGAAGGCCAACAAGCCAUUUUGGUUUGCUGACACAAAAACACACUGUCGACCAAUCACAACGCAUGAUUUUCUUAAAGAGCCGUAACUUGCAAUAUCAAAAUUUGUUGCGUGACAAGUUGAGAGCGAAGAUGGUAAUACGGGCAACAGCUCUUUCCAACUGUCUUAUUGUUUUUCUAGACGGUAGAGCGACUGGAGAACGAACAGCUUAUGGAGAAGAUUCAGGAUCUAGAGCAAUCAACCGCAAGGGUAAGCACAAAUAGCUUUAACCGAGUGAUCCCAAUAAUGUUGGUUCAGUUUUCUAUGGUAGAAAGUUGCCCGUUUGUAGUUUUUGUAGUUUUUCUGCUUGAGAACGUUUUUUCGUGAAUGCACAAUUCCUAACGCAACAAAACUAUUUCCAAAUCAUGGGCUUUAAAGAAAACCCCCUCUCCCAGUUCAACGUUGCUUCCUACAAACGCCCAGGGUCUGGCCUGGGUGGCCAUAAGGCUUUCUUUUGAAGGCUCAACAACACUGCUUCGAGGGAGAGGUUGGGAGGCAAGAAUCGCUACGGCUACGAUGUGUUAAAAAUGCUCUCUAACUAUGCAGUUUUGUCAAGAGGUUUGUCCAAGAUCGUAGCGUUAGUGCUAUAAAUACUGCCGAGGGUAAAUAACGGAAAUUUAUUUUAUUAAUUUAUCAGCGCAAGUGAGAUGUGACCAUGUUUUAACGACCUUUGAAUUUGUUAUUUCUCAAUGCAUAGGUUGUUGACAGACUGGAAGAAGAAAACUCCAUCUUGAAGCAGAACAUACAAAUCCUGGAAGAUUCAACGACCGUACGUGAAAUGAUCGUCGUUUAGCAACUACCAAUUUGUUUUUGAGUUGUUAUAAUUGAAAAUCAGUUUUUUCGUUUAGAAUAUGAAAGACCUAGAGGAAGAGAAUGUGCAGCUGAGAAAAAAGCUUGAGAGUUUAGGCACCGUAAGGGUAAGGGUUAUUCCUUACUAAUGAAGAGAGAAAUGCCAUCGUCAUUCAAUACCUUUUUCCUCCUUUUCAUUGACCGUCAGCCCACCAGUAAUUGCUUACAAAGAAUGGUCUGCUCAUGCGUAUUACCUUCUAACUUUGUUUGCUACAAAUAAUUUUCUUCUCAUUCGUACAAAGUAACCGGACGCUUUCCUAAGUUGCCAUGGCUUCUCACGGAGACGUUCUUUUAGCUCGUCACGCAAUCCUCUCCAACGUGGGGAAGGAACGCGUGACGAAGUACAUCUGCCUGGAAGGCUUACGCCACGGAAAGCUGUCUUUAACUUCUUUAGUUGAACCAAAAACAGUGAGGUAUACCAAGGGUUGGUUUACCUUAGAUGAGGCUUUUCGGAUUGACGACGAAUCUGCAACAUUUUGGUACAGGAUUCGUUUUGCCGUUUAUACACAAUGAUGUGUGAGAAAGUCUUGGUUUGGUUGCUUAUUCGGAGAUUUCGAAUCCAGAAUCUAAUGAGACGGCAUUGGAAUUAAUGUUCUCGGACUGACUGAUGUUUGUAGGCCCGCGAGUCCGUAUACAUCCGAAAAAAAUAUGAAUCUGGCAAAAUCUUAAAGCGGAGCUCCACGUGUGAGUGAAACCCCAUACCAAAGAUGAUGAUGAUUGCAGCAACAGGGGAAGGAAAGCAUGCUUUUUUUUUGGUCAAAAACUGUUUUCGUUUCACUGUUUUGUUGUUGUCGUUGUUUUUAUUUAUUGUACAGAAUGUCACUGCUCUAGAAGAAGAAAAUUCCUUACUGAAAGAGAAGAUCCGAAGUUUCGAGGAGUCAUCAGUAAGUUUUGAUUGAGGCUGAGCUCAAAGUUUAAUAUGCUAAACUAGAAGUAAUUUAUAAUCCUACAACAACAAUUUAUUGUACCCAUAGCAAAAAAUUGUUCAUUUGGUUUACGAAGAAUGAACGUAAUAAAUUAAAUAAAUGAAGGGACACCAACUAAAUAAAGUAAGCCAUGAGCUAAAAUGCCGGAAAGCCAGAUUCAGUGAAAUAUAAAUGUAGAUUAAAUAUGAAUAUCGGAGGUACUACAUAGCAACAUACAUUUUUACUAUAGUUAUUCAAACCGGAGAGUUUUUCAUGAUUGUGAGAGCCUCCUACAAAGUAAAUUUACUGGCUCUUGGUUUGGUUUGUAACCAUUACGUGACCGACGUUCUUUGCUUGUCAAACGUGGCAUUAUUGCGUGAUAGUGUUGCUUUGUAAAAAAAGUCUUUCCCAAACAAGGACUGUACUUGUCGCACAAAUCAAAAAUCAGCUUGGAUACAGUCAAGGACGCAUUGCGCGUGUAUGAAGAAAGUUAGGCAUGUUUUGCGCGAGACAGCCUCGUUCCCAAUGACUAGUAAGAGAGAUUCCGGGGAACGAAGCUGGGCGCCAGAUUCGCGGCUUGAGAUGAGGUACUUUCCAACUCCGGAUGUCAUGUACCACAGUCAAGAUUUUGUCAGGCAUGGGCCAGUGUAAUGGGGCAUUGCCCGAUGACCGACUGUUAUUCAGCUGUGUUUCAAUAUGAACAACUAAAAGGUACCCUUAACCUGCAAAGCUUUGCCAAGCGUUUCUUUGAGCAGUGGUCUAGAAUCUUUGCUUUUGUGGUUUUUUGUUAACAGGUAUUGUGGUCACCCGCGAAUCAUAUCCUCUUGUUGGGAUGUGGGUCACAGUCGAUGAUUUUAAAUCUUUUCUAACUGAUUGCCGUACAUCCUACCGGGAUAAUGUAUUAGUGCGUUUAAUUUCAUUGUGAGAAGGUUGACGAGCACACUACUUAGGAUUGUUUCCAAAGAAAUAGUGCUUCCUUUGAACGGAAGACAGUGAAAAGCUAAAAGCUUUAUUUCUAUACCAGUUUACGUUUUAACAAUGAACGUGCACCGUUAAAAUUAUCGUGUUGAUGCUUGAUCAGGCAUGUGAUGAGAUUGUGAUGAAAAUAAUUCUUCUCAAAUUAUUUUCAUCACAAUCUCUCCUCAAAGGUGCUGUGAUGUUUGGUUUUUACAUGUUGGCGGUAAAAGCAUUCGUGUUGUUAAGUUAUAGUUUUGUCUGAUACAUUGUACGUGUUUUUGUAAUCAGGCUGGAGAUAUGCCAAAUGACGAAUUUGAGCUGUUGAAGUUGAAAAUACAUCAGCUAAAAGAAGCAGAGAAGGUAAGAAGAAAAUUUCACGAUUGGAUGCCCUUCGAUGUUUGCUAUUAUUGAAAAGAUUCCAUCGCAAACGAAGUACCAAUUCACAUGAGUUCCUCUGCGGUCUACGAUUCAUAGCAUUUUCAUUUCAUUGUCUGAAAAGGAAGUAUGAAAAAACGUUCUUUCAAGUAUCUUUCAAUUUUCUCAAACAACGAUUUUCUUUCCUUUUAAAGUUGCGGCAAAAUAAAGUUGUUUCGACAAAUCGCUCCGACCAGUCUGUAGUUUGACUCAGAACGUUUUGAAUAAUUAACCUAGAAAUAGAACCCAUCGACAGCACAUUCAUUUGAUUGAGUACUAAACGUUGACUACCGAGGAUAAAGUUCUUUUCCUUGUUUUGGCAAUUUGUCGUCUUUGACCUUGUACUUCUCUUUGCGUCGCCUUCACUAUCUGAACGCCUGGAAGAGGCUUAAAUAUCGGCGCUGAAUUAAUCAAUUUUCUCGGAAAACGUUUACUUUUCUUUCUGCAGCAAAUUGGCGCAUUGAACGAGAAUAACAUGGCUUUGAGGGAACAUAUAGACUUUCUUCAGAUUGAAAGGGUACGCUAUCUUAAAUUAGACCUCGAGCAGUCGUCCCUCUUUCUUCAGAACCACGUGCGACCAGGGAAAAAUUAAAUUAUGCAAAUUAAUGGGGAAUUAGAGCUAACUUGCGCCCUCCUCCCGGUGUCCUUCGCUGCCUCGCUGCUCGCCGCUCGCGCGUCCUCUCGAUCUGCUGUGUCUCAAAAAAAGUGGAGACUCCUGGCCAGCCAGUCUUUUGUCGGUUUGAUGACGAGAAAGAAAUGCCAAAAAAAAGAGGUAGCGGGGGUAGUUUCAGAUUUGUUCCUUUGCUUGAUUUUUAGGUGUCAAAAAGGCAGGAGGAUAAUCCUUACAAAUUCUCCUUGUUGAUAAAUUGUGUGCCAAUUGCUUGGAAAUACAGUUUAACGAUAGGCCUCUUCAGUGUCCCCACCCCCCGCCUUCUCAAUGCCCUUAUAGUGCUUAAAUGCCCUUCGAAAGUAUCUGAAUUAAACGGUAAAAUGUCGCCACUUAGGUCAAAAGAAUGUGGUCGCAUAAACAAGGUGGUCGUUGGGCGGGGUUCACUGUAUUGUGAUACUUUUAGAACCUCUGAGAGGUACACUGACAUUGUAUCGUUCAUUGACGUUGUUUUGUAUAUUUUUCUUGCUACACUUCAGAAAAACGUGAGGGAGAACUGGUCCGAGAUGGAUCCCUCUGAGCAACUUGGAAAGGUAUGUUUGUAGGUUCACUGGGAGGGAUAGUUUGGAAUGAGCCUAAAAUGCACCCUGAUAACUAUGUUGGAUCGAGAUUCUGAUACCGGUUUACAGCGCGGUUUUGUAAAACAACGUCCAAACUCUGCUCUAAUAGCCAGCCCUGUAUGAAUGUUUAGCCAUAUGCUUUCAGAAACAAAGUGUAAGUGAGAGAAACAUUCCGGGUAUUGAGGUUACCCGAGGUGUCAGUUGCUCGCACAGAUCAAAUGCGAAAAAACAAACUAUAUCUUGACUCUCAAGUAUAGAACUCAUCAGUGCGUCGAUUCGAAAUUUACCCCAGUUUUCCCAAUGAAUUAUAGACGUUAUUUUCUCACUGUAAGGCAUGCCUUUUGUCAUGUGUGCGGUCAGUGAGACUCCAUUACCCUCUGUCGUUCCAGUUUUCGCAUCGUUAUGCGCUCUGUUACUAUAACCAUCCGCCUAUCAGCUAUCCUCUUAUUUAAGCCCCGGCUACUAAACGAUCAAGCAUUUUCGUCUAACGUUGUGCUGGAAGAGCUUGUUUUACUUUUUAGCCGCCUCUCUCAACACUGCUUUUACAUGACCUUCGAUGUUUGACCUAGAUCAAAUAUUUUCAGUUAACAUUUGUAUCACAAACAAUUGCUUCAUCAUUUCGAUCAUUUUUGGGCGAGAAUGUUUUAUCGUUUAACCCGGUUUUAACACUUUUAGCGGGACGUGAGUCGAAGCUUAAUGUGUGGACUAAGCUUUCCAGGCUAUUUUGAAGCACAGUUUAAGGGAACCUUUCGUAAGCGGCCGCCCACCAAAUGUUGGCGCUUAUUGGUAGUUGCUUAAUACGGAGGGUUCGAGGUAAAUUGUUAGGUGUCUUGAACAAUUUUUAUAUAUAGCACUCGAGUGGGUAAAUACCAGCUAACAUUCGUUUUUGUUGCUUGUUUUGUUUUGUUUUGUUUUAUUUUUUUAGCGUUUUUCAUUUUGACUAUGCCUAUAAUUUAAAUUUAAGUUAAAGUCGCAUCCAAAAGUGACCUGCUGUGCUAUCCUGAACAAUGCUAACGCUGCUAUACUCUUUUAAACAGCUUUGAGGGCUUUGUCGUAUUUAAAAAAUAAAAGGUAAAAGAAUACCGUAAAGUAAUGGCCAAUAAUUGAUUUCGUUUUUCGCACAGUAAACAUUAUAAAAAAGUAGAACUAACCGACUGAAAAUGCAGGACAAACGCAUUAAAGGAUAAAGUUAGGAAGUAAAUAAAAAUUAAUGAAUUAUGGGUUUAUAUUAAAAAUAGAGCUUAAACCAGCCAUAAAUACUUGUAUCUAGGUUCGGCUGUUAUUAGUACAGGAACUUGGCCUUACAGCCUCAGAGGUUGAAAGUGUUUUAGGAUCAUGUGACCUUGAAAGUCUUGUGUCAUCUGGAAUGGCCACCCCACGGACAGACUUAAACAAUCUGGGUGAAUAUUUUGAACAGGUAUCUGGGUGCUAAAUACGUGCAUGAUAUUCUUUUUAUUCACUGUGAUAAAUAUUUCGAAUUUUAGAUGGCUUGAAAGGACUAAUACUGCAUAAAACCAUAUCAACUAUAGAUUAAACUAUUUUGGGGAUAACUUCACUCAUAUUGAAGUUUUUGAAAGCUAGUGCAUGUCAUGAGAAAUAAAAAUAAACGUUACCAUUUUUUCUGUAUAAAGAGAGAAUAUAUUACUUUUAUAGUUACUGCAUUUGAAAAAAGUUGUAAUCUUCCAUUAAUUCAUGUUAACGUAAACUACCGUAGUUGUUUAAAUCCCGAGGGUCUUUCAUUUUCUUUCCUUUUUUUGUUUUGUCCAUUAAAGUGAGCGCUCCAUAACAAUUUGGUUUUUUGAGUGGUGCACAACCGUCUUUACAUGUUAAGUCGAUUAAACUUAUUGUUUCGCCCUUUAGACACCCGAGGGCAAUUACAUACCACUGUUCUGAGCGUGCAUAUUUUGUAAGACCAUUGUGCUGUACAACCAAAUUAGACGCUUCAUGGUCCCCACUUUUAUCGUAUUUAUAUUCAGUGAACUGGCGAACUGAAGCGGGUACAAUGGGCGUUAUUGGGGCGCUCAGGCUUGUUUAGGGCACCACCGUGAAGCUCGUGCUUCGUAGCGGAGCACCAGGAGCACCAAGCGGGAGAUGGUUGGGAGAAGGGCGGAACGAAGCGUGAUAAUUAUUCUUUUCACUCGUCCCCCCGCUCCCCUACUCCCACACCCAUGUUAGUUGAACUCGCUGAUAGUCGCGCUCUUGUCAGGUAGCCUGUUCCAGUCUCUUAGAUAGUAGGGAUGACGCGCAAGUGUAAGGCACGCGAAAAAGGGGGCGGCACCGCCCUUCCUCUCCCCGGUUUCCUCCCGUUUUAUUUUCGAGUUCGCGCAUUUCCGCCUGGUACAGGAUACAAGGAAGGCUGCGCAACGUCUACAACCAAUGUCGCCUACUGAUUAUAACUGAUUGUAUUUGUAGUCUGACAGAGGAGUGCAGGCUGAGGUGCCUGGGGGAGUUCAUCUACUGAAACUACUACAAGUAACCCCGGAUGGAACCGUACCAGAGAACAUUGCCAAAGUAAAUAUAAUAAUUCUGCAGCUCGUAACUUCUGUGGUAGACGCGCUUUGUUGCUUUUUUUUAGUUUUUAUAGCUUUGUUGUUGAGUUCCCUUUGUCUUUUUCUGUUGUUAAUCUUUCUUUUUCUUUUUUUUUCUAACGUCUCCAGGAACUCGCAAAACUAAAAGAAGAAAAUAGGACACUGUACGAGGAGCUCAUGGAACUAAGGAGGAAGAUCAAGGUUAGAACUAGUUAAAAGAACAAAAUGUAGACUGCCUGUAGUCACUCAUAUUUUUCUUCAGAUUUAGUGUGCUCACGCGCGCGAACGAAGGGCUCCCUUUCUUUCACCGCCCCUCGCCAAUCACGUCUUCUUUCGCUUGCUACUCUAAUGUUUGGCCUCAAGAAGUGUCCGCUUGACAAGGUAGUUUUCUCUUAGUGAAGUGACUUGACUCCUUCAUUGAGGUGGUGCUCUUAUGCUUAAGACCCUCUUGACCCCUUUUUUGGUCAACAACCCCAAUUCUUGCGUGAAGAGAGACAAGACAUCCUGGAAGGUCAUAAGAACAGAAAAUUAAGUUGAUUUUCAAAACGUUUUUUUUUUCAGUGCUAUAUAACAUAUGUUGUGGUUCAAUUUUAUCCUUGGUUUAAAUUUUAUUUCCUUUUUUUUGUAUGGGUGUUUAAAACUAUUAUUUAAAUGCUUUAAAUAAAAGAAUAAGACCCUCUUGACUCUUCUCUCAAAAGUCCCCUUUUUUGUUCAACAAACGCCCAAAAAUUUUCAUUCUGUUAUAUAAGAGUUUGUUUUUCACUCAUUUUCCUACUUAUAUGAAGAAUAGACAUCCUGGAAGGUCUUUCAAGUAAACUAAAACAAGAAAAUUAAGUCCUUUUUGACUUUUUUCAAAACGGACUUUUUUUUUUUUUUCAGACUUUAAGACUAAAAUAUAGGAUGUUAUGUUCAUGUAGAUUCUUUUUUCAAUUUUAAACUUAAAAUCCUUGAAUUUAAAAAUUUUAUUUCCCAUUUAAUGUAUAUAUAUAUUUUUUGGGCAUGGUCGAAAUUUAUUAGCUUGUUGAUAAAAUGUUUAAAUAAAGUUUUAUGUUAUGUAUGUUAUGUAAAACAAAGGGAAAUAAAAUUUAAACCAAGGAUAAAAUUGGACCACAAUAUAUACAUUUUUUAUUGUUUUUCACACAUAAAUCCUGCGGGAUAAGAGCUUUCUAAAAUCUUAUCGUUUACUGCCUCUGUACCUUUUUUAUAACCAUUCAAAUUUCUUCUCAGAAUGAAGAGCUGUCGAAUUGUGUAAUUUGUUUUUCAGUAGUUUGCAAAAUUUGCUAUUCUUUAACUUCGAUCUUUGGCACUCUCAAGUGUGUAUUUGCUCUUUAUGGGUGUUUACAUGGACCAUUUCAUCUCUUGUUACUGUGAAUGACAAAUAUCUUCUUUAUCUUUGUUGUACGAAAACUUGACACAAUGGUCCUUGGCGAGAUUAAUUGAAGUGUUUUGUUUAAUUAUACUAAGAAAAGGCUAAUGAUGCAUAAAUUAUUCUUGACUUAUUAUGCUAAUGAAAUCUAGUUACUAGCGAUGCAAGCGUCUAAACAUUACCCUGUGUUCGUUAUCUAGACCACGCCGGGCUUUAAAUACAAGGUUGGUUUUUAUUGUAAGCGUAUUUUGACUAACCUUUACGGAAAAUUGACAUUUUUAACGGUUUGAAUUGCUAAAAUCUAGAAGGCGCCAGCGAGUGAAGCUCAAUUGGCGUUCACUUGUGUUUACGUUUGGCUACAAUAUCUCUCGUAUCGUAUCGUUCUAUAUCCUGAGGUAUAUAUUUUUUGGCCGUUUGCUUCUGUUUAUGGUCUAAAUUUUGGGUCUAUUAAGUAACGAUGACUUUGUUGUAAAGUGUUUUAUAUUCAUCUGAAUACCAUAAUAUGUGGCUGUUAAAGCAAGACGCUUUGAUCAUAGACAGUGGCAAUGUUAAACAUGAAAACUUGAAGACCACGUCAGUUUCGUUUGAUUUUUCACAGUCAUGGAGUAGUCAUUCUUUUUAAUAUUCUAGCAACAGUCUCGGUGAACUUACAAAUUAUUAAACAAUUUAUUAUUUUUUCUGUCAUUUAGUUUGACCUUCCAGGACAAAAUGCCCGUCAGUGCUGUAAUCCAGGCUGACAAUUAUUUAUAAAACCAAUAUUUCUUUUCCUCUCGAAGUUGUUCGCAGAUCAUGUAUCGUCUGAUUUCAGUGACCUUUGAUGCGUUUAUUUCUGUUUUGUUAAUAUUGCCAUCAAAUAUUGGUUUCAUAUUACAUGUACUUGGCAAGCGAUAUUCCGUUAAAAGUCUGAUCUGUUUAUAUUUUAUAACUUCCUGAAGGAAUAUCGUAUCUUGAAAUAUGGAAAUUAAACGAGAGAGCGUGGGAACAUUCGGCAAACAUAAUAACGGCUGACACUGAUAUAUUAUUGCGAUGACCAACAAUGUUUUUUAGAUCUCGCGCGGUGUAGUUCUGUGCUUAGAUACAACUUCCUUGUCCAUUUCUUAAAAAAACUUUGAAAGGUUACCGUGUAGAAUUGAAUGAAACCCAUCAUAGUUUUAAUACGCGAAACAAAUGCUUUGGUAAUUGUCUAAAUUACAGGUGCAAUUCAAAAUGGGAAUAGUUUAUCCUUUCUGUUCUAAAAGAUAAUCGCUUUACCCUGUGAAAAAUUUGUUUGUUAAAUGGUAGUAGGUAAAUGUUAACAUGCGAAAAAACUCCCGAAGUGGUUUCAUUUACAUUUAUGUUUGCGCAUGUUGGCAUGGCAAAGCGUAACGAUAGAAGUUUUAUAUGGAUUCCUGUUAUGGUCUCAUUGAAUUAUAUCGCUCAAAGACUCAAAAUUUAGAUUUUACAUGUUUGCAUAGAUGAUUUAGCUGUGCAAGGAUGACGCCACACAUAUAGAAAGCUUUAUCAAAUGCUACACAUCUGGCCUAUAACACGUUAGCCCAUAAUUAUAUUGGUGAGGCUGGGUUUGGGAAGUUGCUGAUGCUCGUAGGGUAAGUCGGGAAAGGAAACUCGUUUGACUUCGAGUAGUCCUCUACGGUUCUCAAGGAAAAUAGAGCGUUGAACAACUAGCAACGAGGGGGAGCGUUUCUUCCCUCGCUCCGCGUGUCCUUUUAACGCGUGGGUGGCGAUUUUCUUUGCUUGCGUAUUGCGCCUGCUCCAUUGUUCCUAAGGGAAACUGAUGGACUACUAUUAGGCUAGACUUUUCUUUCACUUUUCUUUGCUCCGAAAAAGAUUUCUCAGAACAAUUGAGCUCUUCGUCUGUCAGUCAAUAGCAGUAAAAAACAGAUGAUAUUAUGACUGUCACUCGAAGUUCACCCGGUCGAAAUUAUGACCUAAUUUACCAUUUUGUAGUUUAAGGGCCUGUUUACAUGGAGGUGGGGACCCCAGGUAGGUGAAGUAACCCACUUAGUUUGGUAACCCGCCUGUGCAUGUAAUCUCACAUUUUAAUCAGAUUACGCUUACAUGAUGAUAGGUGGGGUGAUCCGCCACAUGUUACCUCACCUAUCUGGGGUCCCCCACCUCCAUGUAAACAGGCCCUUAUUUAAGCGAAUUUUCUUGCUAUUUCUAUACUUCACAGGCAAGAGAAGUUGCUCAAAGACUUCACGAAGCGACACAAACCGACCCCGGGUACACUGAGGAGGUCAUCACACCCCAAGUGCGUGCGACAGUCGCCUCCGAAAUCCGUUAUCUAGGAGACAGUUUCUUUGAGCCAUCACCUCCAGGACCUUCCAUUGAGAUUGAAAGCUUGACGUUAGGCGGUCAAGAUGGCCUUGUAAGGUAUCCUGGUGCAAAUGAAGCCAUGCCGUCUUAUAAUGAGAAUAUCCGUGACUCCGAUGAAUUGAUAUCAGAGCCAGAACUCAUUUCGUCGCAAAGGAACCUCGAUUCUGUCAUGGACGAUAUCGACCGUCGUAUUCAGGAUCUUCAAUCUUUCGACGACGAAGAUGCGGCUGGUAUGGAUAGACCUCGAACAGACACGAGCGAUCUUGUAGUAUUUGACUCCGAUGAUGACGGAGACCUCCCUCCUCUUCCCGAGUCCUCCCCACCACCUCCCCCAUCCGUACCUCCACCGGAUUUCCCAGACGCUUCCCCUCCCAUCCUCGAUUGCGGGAUCGAGUCUCUACUGUCUUCACCACCUAGGGACGCCGCUACGCUGCGAGCGUCGUCUCGCGCUCGGUCGCAUUCAGAGAAUAAAGGUACUUCUGAGCCAUCACAGCCAUCUUCUCGAGUGGAGUCCCCUGUUUUCGUCGAAGAGCCCACUCUGGUGUUAGCCUCAGAUCCAAGUGAGCUAGGUGGGACUUAUUCAGAGCCCCCAACCGUGAGUCCCCCAUCUGAUAGGAGGCCCACUGGUUUAGGAUCUAACAAAGUCCCUCCCAAAGUCUUUCCCAAACCUAAAAAGACUCUGAAGAUGCGUCAGGCGGGACAGCUGCACAAACCUUUGGUGACGUAUGACAAUGGGCAUGUGACACCUAAGGCAGAAACGCAAUGGUCACGUGAUGAGGAAGACGGAGUUAUACCUCCGCGGGGAAUCGUUCUUAACCGGGCCGCUUCAAUUAACCGUGGAGAAAUAGAUGCGCUCAACGAGAAAAUUGGCUUUCUGGAAAGACAGCUUAAGGUAAUACCCUAAGUUAGAUCUGAAGCAUUUGUGACCGACUUUUACAGUUUAACUUCUCUUAUAGCCGACAAUCCAACGUAGGAAAGUUAAGUGUCCGACUAAAGUUUUGUGUGUAGACGAUGCCAUUCGUUAAUUUCCGAUGCCAUUGCGUUAUAUUCCUAUGGCUUGGACGACGGGUUUAAAGAUUACUAUAUUCGAAAGUCCCGGUAACUUUACGGGCCCGAAAUCAAAUAUUCAAAUCAUAAAGAAUCCGGGUUUCAACUCCGGGUUUGUUAACGAUCCGAUAUUUAAUUCAACGACCUGCUCCCAGUUGGUAGAGCGCUGCACCGGUAUGGCAGAGGUUAAGGGUUCGAAUCCCGUACAAGCCUGAAUUUUUUCAGGCUUUCUUUCACAGCUGCAAAAGUUGCGUAUAUAACUGCGAUGCUCCUCUCUCAUAUAAUUCUUCACCCCGUAGUUCUCAUAUAAGAUUUUCAUAUAUUCGUAACUUCAAAAACUAAAUUUUUGGGAAAAUGACUCCAUGACGUGUUUUAGCCAAUAAUGUGUUCAAAAAGGAGUUAAAGAAUGCCGAUUUAUUGAAUAAAUCGUAGUCCUUGAAAACUGUAAUUUGUCCUGGAAAAAUCCUUGAAAAGUCCUUGAAAUUUGUUUGUAUGAAGUUGUGCGAACCAUGUUUGAAGUACCACUAGAAAUAUUGAACUCUUAUGUUCGGUAUGUGCUGUAAUAGCGUUUUCAAGCUCUUGGACGCAUCAUAAAUCGUUGGAACCAAUACAAUUUUGGGCCCAUAUGUUCUCAAUUUUAGUUUUUGUUUCUUUUCUUUUUGUCGGCUGUGAUAUGAAAAACGUUUUAAGAUCCAUAUCCAGCUUUGUCUUAAUUGCUUUUUUUUUUUUUCUGUCAUUAGGUUAUCAUUUUUCUUGAUCUUCACUAUUUCUUUGCGAAAGAAGAUAUUCGUCGCGCUUGUGUUUUUAACGAUUGAAAAUUAAUACACGAAUAAUGCAAAUCUUCUGCGGGCCAGAUAUUCCAGUGCCGUUAUCCAUGUGAAAUGAAAUUCCGUCAUGUUUACGUUUUGUUUCUCUUACAGAACAAGGAAAAUGUCAUUCGCUCUAUGAAGGUAGGUUCGGAGUUCACAAGUCUGUUCAUGGGUUCUUAAAAAAUCGUUACCAGAAAUUAAUUUGUUCAGCCACAGUUUGACGAAUUAUAAAUUUGUGCACUUAGAUCUUGAUCCUUUACUUAUUGGUUGUCUGGUUUGCUUUUCUUUUUUUCGCCCCAUAUAAGGGGAAUUCGGAUUCCAGAAUCCACGAAAAUUUUGCUGAUAAAAUUCGAAAUCCUGGGUUUUGGAAUCCGGAAUACAGCUCAAGGAAUCCAGAAUCCAAGUUCUACUGACAAAUACUGGAAUCUAGUACUUGGAAUCCGGAAUCCGCAAGGUGGAAUCCAGAAUCCAAGACUAUACUGGAUUCCCUUACAUGGGGCGAUUUGUUUGUUUGUUUGUUUGUUCGUUUUAAAUCGGCAAUCAAGAGCUAAAACAUUUAAACAUUUUUUAAAUAUUUUUAAAAUAGAUUUUGCGCAUCGUUUCUCUCUCACAACUGAACAUUGUCACUCUGCCAGCAGAACCUCCUUUUGUUUUCUUCUUGAUUGAGAAGGGAAAAAGGUCGUCUGCUACACAGCCGUGUUUGGUGUCGUCACGCAACGCUCCUCGCCGUUUGUGGGGAGGAGCGUUGCGUGACAACACUAAAAACGGCUGUAUAGCAGACUAGAAGAACAUGAGGCUGUGCCCGAUUCGCGUCAAGCCUUCGAGGUCGCCGCAGCCCAAACUUCUUGACUAGUCAAUCUUGUGUUCUCUCGUCAAAGCGGUUUUUAGAGUUUGAGCACCCAGUUAUUGAGAAACCGAUGGUCAUAACUGAGCCCGUUGUACCAAGCGCGGCAAUUAGACCUGGGUCAGCAGCAUGUAGCGCAUGCGCAAUUAAGGAUCCUACUGGAUCUUAUCAUAUACGGUGACAGGUUUAACGAAUCGAGGAAUUGUCAUGUGUCAGCCUCUCUAACCAAAGUUAUGGUUUGGUUUUUGGUUUAUUGAUGAUAAAACAAAAGCAUUUCUCUAUUUGAUUUCAGUCUGAAGCAAGUGACCUGGAGAUUCGUUCCUUGGUAUGUAGUAUAUCAAAUUAUUAUUAAAAACUGAAUCAUUGGAUAAUGCAAUUCUAGAGCUCUGAUUGGCUUAGCCAUCAUGGUAUAUGAGCUAUUACGCAAUGCUCUCCAUAUAAGGUAAUUGUACACGUCUGCUUAAAAUUAGAAACAAGCUGAAAAUCGGUUGUUUUUACAAAUGAAGUCGGAGAGAAUUCUCCAUAUUUUGUGGGCGUUUUUAAGAAAACAAUUAUUCCACUCUUGCUUGUUGGAUAUGAGAUAAUUUAGCCAACUCAGCGCUACGCACCCCGUUGCCUUUCCUACCACCUCAUAUCCAAGGCGCACUCAUGAAGUAAGGCGUUAUUUGUUUGUAUCUUAACGUGAUUAGUACAGAAAAGCAUUUCAUAACUGGUUAUCUGCAAUGGUAUUUUGCCCUUAACACUUGGCAAGUUUUUACUGGGUCGAGAAAAAAAAAAACUAGUUAAGUGUUUUAAUCUUUAUGAAAUAUUUCAUAACAGGGAAAUGCUGUAAAGAUUCAUUUCUUUGCUUACUCCCCGAUUCUGUUCUCAGACUUACAUAAUUUUGUAAAUGAUGAGAACUUCGUUGCUAAUUUCCUAUACCUUCCCUUAACGUUACAGCUUGAACGAAAAGAACGCGAGAUGAAAAUUCUGGUAGGUGACCUGAUGUUCUUGGUGUGAAAUGGAGGCCGAGCAACCACCCCACUCUCCAACCCCCAACCCCCGCCCCAACCUUUUUCUGAAGACUGACUUCCUUUGCACCCUGUUAGACAUAGAGGCUUUUUUAGUUCUUUUUGUAGCUGGUUUGUCUGUCAACCCCUCUUUUUGAAUUUUUUCAUCCCAGUACCCCAGACCUGUAUCAUUUUUUUCUUCCUCACCGGUUAUUAUUGGUAAUUUAAUUUCUUGUUCGCAAUUUUAUAGCAGCUACUCAGUUUUAACUCUGUUAUUCCAUAUCCCCGUACCUUUAGGAUGAAGACGUAUCUUUCUUGAAGAAAGAGGUAAGACUGAAACUAAUUUAUUUUGCUUGGUGAAGGCUUGUGAAACUGAUAUACCGUAAAAUUCCGAAAAUAAGCCCCUCCUUGUAUAAGCCCUUCCAAAUAUAAGCCCCUAAACUCGUAACGCAAAAAACCCUCCGUUACAUCGCCCCUCCGAAUGUAAGCCCCCUGGGGGGCUUGUACUUGGAAUUGCCCUCAAAUACAAAGUAAAACAGUGCAAAAACGGUAAAUUUCCUUCCAACUAUAAGCUGGCCCAAUCGAUUUUCAAACGCAAAUUUCCAUUUUUACAUAAGCCCCUCCGAAUAUAAGCCCUUCCAAAACUAAGCCCCUCAAAAAGGGCCUUUGAAAAAUAUAAGCCCUUGGGCUUAUUUUCGGAAUUUUACGGUGUACUGCGCAUUAUUGCCGUGUAAGGGUGUUCAAUUGCACGAUUGACGUCGCUUUCUAAACAGAGGUAUUUUUCUUUAGGUAUCAAAAUUCGAAGUUAACCGUUUCGUUCUUAGGCUAGGUUACGUGUUUCCUUGGGAAGCAAGAGGGGCGCAGUGGUGAGAGAACUCGCCUCGGGUCCCUCGGGCUCAAAUCGCGGCGUCGACGCCGUAUGUGGGUUGGAUUCUCUCCGCCCCCUUACUUUGAGACAUUUCUCUUCAGGUAGCAGGCGCUUGGAAGUAAUGGGCGCAGGAAAGAACUGGGCGCGCGAGAGAGACACGCGUGUCUCCCUUGCGCACCCAGUUCUUUCUUGCACCCAUUACUUCCAACUCUCUCCUGAAAAACCAACACUUCCUAAUUCUAAUUCAAUCUGGAAACACGGACACGAGAUCUCUGUCACUCUACCUUUUAAAUCUGUGGACGAAAUCGACUUUGAUUCGAGUUAGCGAGGGUUCGGGAGUCAACUGAAAACUUGAACUACUUUGUUGUCAUGUCAGCUGUAACAAAUGAUGUGGGCCUCGAAUGAAUUUUAUAAUAUAACUGAAUCCGCCAGCGGGCAAGGUGAGGCGAAUCCUCUGUUCUUAUUGGCUACUCGAGUAGGUAAGAUAUAACCAUUUGACCGCAAGGGAUUUCCCGAGUUUGUCGUUCAAGAAAAUCAGUUUUUGUCCAUAUAAUAAAUCCUGUGUUGACAAAGCCUCUUUGAUCAAGAUAACUGUUUACUGGCCUGGUAUUUUUUUGCGUUUUUAUUGACUUCGACUUCGCCUCGUCUAUAAAAUGCGAAGAAGAAAUUGACCAAUAUCAAGCUAUCUUGACCUCACGCUUAUUCAGUAGUACCUCAGCAGAACCUCAUAAAAUAAAUAGAGGAUAUUAAAUGGUCGCGCGGAGAUACGAAAUUUCUCUUCGAGUAUUGAAAAAUAUUUCAUGAGUGAGCGCAGCGAAAGAGUGAAAUAUUUUUUUCAACACGAGAAGAGAAAUUUCGUAUCUCCAAGCGACCAUGUAAUGUUCUGUUUAUUAUAUAAACACCAUUGAAAUGCCAAACCAUUUUACUGAAAUAGUUUUUUGGUCUGAAAGGUUCGGUUUAUUAUGAAGCCAUAGCAACGGUGAUAUGUGAAAAUAUCAAGUUUUCGUGCGAAAGCUCACUUGGUAUUUCACUGGUGUUUAUAUAAAUCGCAUUUUUUUUUCAACAGAAUCAAAAGAAGGAGAGAGAGCUACUUACUAAGGUAGCUUGUUUGUUUUGUUUGUUUACAUUUGUGUAUAUCGUAGUGGAAAAUGUUUUUUGAUCUUUUUGUAGAAAGUGGGGGUGAGGGAGACACUUGGAUUUCUAAUUUAGCUUUAUUGCUUUUGCAGAUUGGCGAAAUGAACAAAAAGAAUUACGAGGUAUGUUUUUUUUCAGACGGUCAGAUUUCAUUCGUUCCUUCGUUUGUUCGUGCACUCACUAACUCACGCACGCACUCUCGCACUCACUCAUUUAUUCUCUCAUUUCCUUAUUUAUUUUUCAGGUCGAACAGUGGAAAGCAGAAGCUAACAACUCUGAGAGGCAAAGACAAAGAAUGGAAGCAGCCUACAUGAACUUACAGGUAACUAGAAUGAAGGCAACAGCAUAAUCCCUAUUACUGUUCUCAGAGUAUCGUGGUGUAGACAGAAGGGUGUUAAGGUCAUUCCUCUUCUAAAAUAGAACCUGCGGUGAGAGUUUUUUCUCAAAGUUUACUGAUUGUUUGUUUUUGUUCAAAUUGAAAUAAAGUGGGGGUUACCUUUAUUCGUUUAGAGGCAGCAACAACUUGUAUGUACGCAAUGAUUCAUUAAAAUGAUUUUAUUUACGAGUACAUGCUGCUUUAAACACGUUUACGACAACAGAUUCUUUUUCUGCACUGAGAAAUCAGUCUAUAUACAUUAUAGAGAAAGAAAGUUACCGUCACCUUCAAAACAGAAAGAAUGGUAGGUCGCCUUGUUCGUUUAAGAGUAUUUGAAGGUUUAUCUUUCUUUGGAGUUCGGGCCUUAGAGCAGACGUCGCCAUUGUUUAUUGUGAACGUGCUUAUCUCGCCUGAAAUCAUGCACAGGAAGGAUGCACAAUGCAAUACUAUGAAAUAACCUUAAUCUGUUUUACGCUUACUAGUUUGUAGCCAUUACGCAUUAUGUCAACGUCUGUUUAAGUCCGUAAGCCCAUUUCCAUUGUUCUCGUAGCGCACGGCGUUAACGUGUAACCUUUGGAGAAACGGUACCGGCUUCGAUACUUGCUACCGCUCGUUUGUUUUCGUCAAAUUUAAUAUAUUCUUUUUUUUCCCCUCUUUUUAAUGGUUACUGGAGUGACAGUAAGCAUAUGUCCUCUCGGGGGACUAUUUUUUGCUUCGCUUAAUAAUAUGGCGAACCUUUUUAGCUUUACCCCAUUUUUGUUUCUUUUUAAGAACCAGAUGAAGAAUCUCCAAGGCGCAGAAGUCAAGUUGACUGAAUUACGAGGAAAGUACAGUGGAAUAGAAAAGCAGAACUUCGAGCUGAGUGAAAAGGUAAUGCGCUUUUCAAAUUGUCUAUAUACUUGAACGAAUUCUCAAUGUGUUCCUUUUUAGUGUUGUAAGUUUCCCUUUUCCUUUUAAACUGCAUGGCAAAAACAAUGCUGAUUGAACUUUGCUUUAUCAUACAUGAUAUUCCUUCCAACGAACUCCCACUAUAUAUUGAACCAGUUUAUUAGUCAACAGGGAGAUUAUCAGUUGCUCUCCGUUUGCAUCUUGCUGUGUCAUUAUUUUAUAUACUAGUGUAGCUUGCAUAAACAGGCGCUUUGUGAGUAAGCGAGGCGAACGCGGCAUUUUGCAGGAAGCGCGAGACGAGGGGAGGAGAAAAAUAAAGCUUCAUUUUUUCCUCCCCCCUCCUCUCCCGCUUCGUGCAAAAUGCCGCUUUCGCCUCGCUUGUUUCAUAAAGCGCCUGUUAUGCAGGCCAAUACUAGCAAAUGCUAGUGGUGCAACCUUGCUAGCUAUGGAAUAGUUUACCAUCCAGGGCCCAAUUGUGCGAACGCCGGUUAGCGCUACCGGGGGGUUUAAUUUUAACCCGGGUUUCUUCUUCUUUUUAUCGAAAGCUUUCUCUCGGAUGAUUUUCUCCAUCCUUUUUAGAGUAUCCAAUCAUCAGAUUGUAGGCAAAGUGAAGUAAACUGAAUUUGCUUUUUAAGCUCUCAUAUUAAAGUUCAAACUUUGCACUAACCAUGGGUUAUCUUAACCCAGCUUUGAACAACCCGGCCAAGCUUGAGAAUUUCGUGGUUAGUUACCUAGCCUGCACGCAAGCGUUUUCGGGACCACAGGGGUGGAGAGAUUUGCAAAGCGCCCCUGGGAGCUUGCUCACUAGCCUCCCCGCAGACGUCCUUUGGAAUGAAUGCGUGACAAACAAGCCCCAAAGGACGUCUGCGGGGAGGCUACUUGCUCACAGGCAAUUAGUUAACACUUGCGAAAAUCUCUCCUCAACGAAAUCUACAUUUACUUUUGUCAAUAUUUUCUUUCUUUGUUAAAGGUAAAAAAGUUGGAAAAAACUGAGAAGGAGUUCAAGAAGCUAGAACAUAACAUUCAGCUUUUACAGGUACCGAGAUGAAAAACUUAAGCUGCUCGACUAUACCACUAAAAAAAUCAAUUUUUUUUCGUUUCCGAUUUUUGUUUUUUAUUCACAGUACACCUUCAAAUAAGUGGUAGUAAUAUUGGUUCUUUAUAAGUUGUUAUACUUCUUAUUAUCGUUAUUGGUUGUUAUCAUCCCAAUCAUACCAGUAACCAUUGUCAUCCCAGGCACCCUAGUCAUCCAAGUCAUCCCAGUCAUCUAUCCCAGUCGUCCCAGUCCCCCUUAGUCAUCCCAGUCAUCCCAUUGCCCCUAGUCAUCCCAUCCCAAUCACCCUCGUCAUCCCAGUCAUCCCAUCCUAGUCAUCCCAUCCCAGUAACCCUAGUCAUCCCCUGGAGUUAUCUCAGUCACCCCAGGGUGAGUCACUCCAGCUCGGCAAUUUCAGUCACCCUAGUCAUCCCAGUCAUACUAGUAAUCCCAGUCAAUCCAUCACCCUAGUCAUCCCAGUCACCCCAUUAUCCCUAGUCAUCCAAGUCAUCCCAUUCGCCCUAGUCAUUUCAGUUACUCUAGUCAUCCCAGUCAUCCAAGUCACCCUAGUCAUCGCAAUCAACCUAGUCAUCCCAGUCAUCUGAUCAAGUCACUCCGGCAAUCCCUGUCACCCCAGUCAUCCCAGUUUUUCAAUACACUCUCCUCUGAAAGUACUGGUUAUAGGAGUUCAUUUGUAUAAAAAUCAGAAUCUUGUUUUACAGCAUUUUAAACAGUACCGUAUUGUUAGUGGUCACACAUUAAGGUUCCAUCCACGACGUGAACAGCAUAGUAAACAGUACUAAAGGAACGUUAUGUUCUGUGGCUUUCAUCUGAAUGGUCACACCAACGAAUUUUGUCCACAGAGACAAAAUUAACAGCCACUUUGCACGGUGUAUAUAAUAGACUGUACAAAAAGAAUGUAGUCUUUACUUGAAUUGUCAUACCGCAGAAUUCACUGAAUACAGUGUAAGAAAACUGUUUCUAUCUGUUUUUACCAGACCCAAGUGCAAGAAAUGGAUAUCGUUGAACAGGAUAGAAACAAUCUACUUGAGAAAAUGAAAAGGAUUGAGAACCAAAGAGAUGAUUUGUUAAGAAAAGGAAGAGUUGUGGAGUCCGAGAGAAACGACUUCCUACGAAACAACAAAUUGAUGGAGAUGCAAAGAGAUGACCUCGAAAAUAGAUGCGUUCUGUUACAAAAGACAAAUGCUACUUUAAAUUCCAGGGUAAUAGGACAUCCUCGUUUUGUAAAUGGUCACAAUUUAACGACCCGUUAUUUAUAACCAUGGCCGAUGCAUUCUUUCAAAAACCUAAACAAGUAAUCUUGAUUUGUUUCAGAUAAUAUGUGUUUACUUGUCUUCGCAGUAGAAACAGGGAGAAGAAACUGCCCCAAAGUUGUUAAAUGUUAUUCUAUGAUUUAGGCUUAUGUGUCAACCGAUUUGUUUUUGUAGUCUUUUUUACCGGACAUUAAAGAAACGGUGUAUUUUCCAUCCAGUAAGGAAUUUCGUGGGUCCUGGGUAACUUCCCUUGCACCUACCCCUCCCUUGACCCAGCGUUUUGCGCUAGUGGGAAGUUAGUGGUAAUGUUGGGUUAGGGGUAGGGUAGGUGGGUAGUUAGGACUUGCCGUUCAAUUAACUGAUUCCCAGUAUUAGCAAUUUUCUGCAAGCGACCUUUCAAGUAAUGCACUAUUUUGUCCAUCCUAUACACCCACACACUGAGCAUUCAAACUUAACAGAGCAAAACAUAUCAAAAUAGCGCCAUAAUUAAAUUGUGUGCAAAGAAGAAUUGAAGCCUCAGCUUUUAAAUAUUAAUAAACGAUUUGGUUCAGCCUUUACACCCACCCAGGGCACUCAAAAUUCUGAUUUGUCUACCUCUUGUUUCUUUUCUGUCGAAACAGUGCAAGACCGCCAAAUCUUGGCAUCAUGAUGAAACUGUAUGCAACGAAGAAUUGAAGUGUCGUUUGUUAAAUACAAAUAAAAGAUUUAAAAUUUAUUUAAAGAGUUUCAAGAUUGCAAAAAGAGGCAUUUUGUUUUUUAGCUUGCUGAACUUGAACGCGAUGUAAAGGAAGCUCAGACGAAGAUGCACGACAGCCAACAUGAACGGAACUACCUUCAAGUGCAACUGGACAAAAUGGAAUCAGAGAAAAAUGAGAUGCAGAAAAGGCUUGCGAUAACCACACAGGAGCGAAACUCACUGGAGAAUCAAGUAGCUGAACUACAAGAACUUAGCAGGUUAAUGUUCUAAAUAUGUCGGAUAACAAAUACGACUUUGACUUAUUGAAUGAGUUUGGUCGGGCCGGAAGUAUUUGGCUCGCAGUCAGGACGUACGGACCUCGGGCCAAAUAUUUUCCCGUCUGACCCACCUAACUCAGUAAAUAAGCAUUUUAUCAUAUUGCCGUUGUGUUUUUGUAUGCUGGCCCACGUCUAUCAUUACGCUUUCCUUGCGGUGCCGUGCGCGUUUUUUCGGCCCUAUCACUUGACAUGUCCGGCCCUUAUACGGGACUUUUUAUCAUAUGGUUUUCCAAUGAAAUUGCGCGCGGGGUCGUACAGGUCAUGUGAUAAUAGAAAUUAUUGUAUUACUAGACUUUAACUCAACUAAACAGGGACUGCCAUUGGUUGAUUUUAGUCACGUAGCCUCGACUAAAAUCAAGUGUAUACUGAUUGUAAUAGCGGAGCUCCACGCGCGCGCGAAGCGCGCGCGUGGGCGGAGCCCCAUCGCUAAGGUAAUCUACCCAUCCCAGAAAAUUUGGUAAUCACGUGACCGUACAGCGACCGACCGCCCGCCGUCCGUCCGCACCACAGGACAACCAAUGUUUACUCUCACACUUUUAGCUAGUUUGGGAGCCCAAGUGAAAACUAAUUGCACAUCAAUGUUGUGAUCAAUUGACAGCUGUCGAAACAGGGCAUCCGCUGACCAGUAUCACCUGACCGUACCGCGGGCUCAAGUGUCCACCCAUUGAGGUCGAAUAUUUUUUUGAAAAUAUCCGCUGACAAAUUACCACUUUCAAAUGAUCGCAGGCUCAAGUUUAUUUUUUCCAAGGAUUCAUAUCAAAUAUGUUGUGUUUAUGUCACUAUGGCCCCGUUCUAUUAGGAUUUUGAUUUCAAACUGGCCUCGGAAGCGAAAAUUCAGCCAGUUUUUUUUAAAAGUACAGGCGGGGAAGACCUUAUCUUCCCAUGGUCACGCGCUGGUCACGCUCUACGUCCAUUUUUUAUACUCUGAUUGGUCAAAAUUUGACAGGUGAGUUCAUGCGGACAAAUUAUGCAGCAUCUUGAAAGUUGUUAACUUUGACGGCUGAAGCUGACAGAGUUUUGUGUCAACUUGAGAUGUUUUAACUGUCUUUUUCCUCUGGAUGUACAAAAUGAAAUACAGGUGCUAGCAAGGGUCUUCUGUUAUUCAUGGAUGGUUUGUUUACUGGGUUUUUGGUUGAGAAAUGCGUCGCUUGUCAAAAUUCGGUAAUUCGUUUUUGGAUGGCAUCGUUUUCGUUUUUCACGUUGCUUAAUGCGUAAGAGGGUUUAAAAGUCUCAAACAACUGUGGCUUUCCUUAAUAGCUUUGAGGAACUGAAUCUCAAAUGGUAAGCCUGAGUAAUUAUUGUAUUUGAUGUUUGUUUUUGUUAUAUCUAAUUUCAUGAAGUCUUGCACAGUUCACGCUGACAGUUUAAGCGGCAAGUUUAUGCACGAUUGUAGGAUUUGAGUGAAUGAUCUGACCUAGUAUCACGUUUGAUAUAAGCUUACAGAACUUUAAAAAGCCUUCAGAUAUAUUUGCUCACCGCAAAUAGAAAGAAAUCGUUCCGAAGAAUAUUUAGUCAUAAAUUUGGCUGUAGAGAGAAAACUUUGAGCGAUUUUCUUGCUUCGAGGAGUUCAUCUUCGAAAACAGUAAACACCGCGCCGGGAAGCCGGCUUAAGCCGUACGCUUAAAGGCUCAGGAUUUUUAGAGACACUUUAAUACUUGUCUUCGUGAAUGAAAAUUGUUGUCUCUGUAAAUGUUUCACCGAAUUAUAUUUCUUUUUUUGAUUGUUAGUAGUCUCUCUCGCAAUUUUAAUCGCUUGUCCGUGCCGUUUGUUUUCAUCGUUCAUGAACAUCGCUUGCAGGAGUACUCAAAAAUGUCGCGCGUAUCAAACGCUUUAUAAGAUUACACAUCGUUAUAACUGAAACCAUUAAAUAACAAAAAAAAUAAUAAUCAUAAAUUCGCUAUUAUGUUGAAGCGUAACUCUAUUAAAGUUCAUUCAAACACUCGACCACACUGACUGCUCGCACUAUAGAAACGAGAACGGUUUCGCUUUAAGCCCAUGAUUGAUCGUCCUGAAUAUUGACUGAGUGCAAUUUGUCUUGAAAAAUUGUGAAAUACCGUAUUCUGUCCGAGGUCUGUAUGAUAAAUAGUAUUGUUUCACCUCAAAUGUGAUGUAUAAAAAUUAUAAAAGGUUGGUUUAAACACCCCCAGAUUUGUUGGUAAGAAUUUGUAAAGUAAACCUGUUGAACGCAAAAAAUUCGGCGUGCUUUGUUUUCCAAGAAUUUGUUUUCGAGGCCUAAUCUACUGUGAUCUUGAAUGUGAUCGAAGAGGUUUGCUAUUUUGUGGGUGUACAUAUAAGGUUAUCAAUUCGAUGUAAGAUGUUUCACUCUAAAAUAACUUAGCCUUUCCCUCAAAAGUCACAUGAAUGUGCCCUUAAGUUAACCGAUUUGUGGAUUAAAAGUUUAUUGUUUUAUUGAAAUUAUAAAUUUAUUAAUUGGAGCUUCGCUUUUAGCCCUGGCUAAAUCUAUAUAUUAUGUUUGAGCGAUUGUGCCCCACUCGGGUUACAACAGCGCGUGAUCAAAGGAUGGUGGAAAAUGGCGUCGCAGAAGACGGGGAAAUGACUGCCAGUUUUGCCUUUCGUGAAUGACACAACAACAAAAAUAUUAAGGUCCAAAGCUAAAGAAAAACGAGUUUCGAAGUUAUUCAAUAAGAGAAAAAGCAUUUUGUGGGAAAGAAAGAUGCAUAUCAAUUUCUGCACGUUCUGUAGUAAAUUUCUGUGCUUUUUCAUUUCGUUUGUUAAUUAACUUUGUUUGCAUUUUUAGGGAUCACGUUAAACUUGAGGAUGGUUUCCAUACUCUAAGAGUUAAGGUAGGUUUAGUGUGUAAGAGUAAUGAUCUAGUGGAUUCGAUCAGUCAAGAAAUACCAUUUUCUUCACUUACUAUCGUUUCUGUUUUGUCUUUACAGCGGGCGGAAUCGACGCGAGAAAAGGAUGAUGCGGAAAUGCAGAUCCCAACUUUAAAGGUAGAGUCUGUCUUUCUACUUUUUUGGUUUUACUCUCAGAUAAACGUAAUAACACCUUUCUGAGUUGCUGUUUGUUAUUACGCUAAAAAGGUGAUUCUUACGUUCUAUUUCAUUAUACGAUAAUUUGUGUUUACGAUAUUGUACUCGGUUAUUCUAACUUUUUUCUAUUGAUCAUAACACUUGAAAUUAGAAAACCUUAAAUAUGACUGCUUGAAUGAAAACUACUUUUGCUGUCUAUCAUGUGGAUAAAAUCCUUGGCUUUGACCAUUAAUUUUAUCGAAGCUACUUAACAGUACAUUUCUCUGGUGCUGUUUACGAUGGUGCAUACGGUUGUUAUAAUUUUCAGUUGUGUGAACGAAACUUUUGAGUGUGAUCAUUCAUACAAAAGGUCAGGUACUUGCUAGUGUGCCUCAUUGUUCUUGCUUUAUCUUAUACAGGUUGAUUCUGUGUCACUUAUGUGUCCAUGGAAUAAGUAGUGACUUGUGUGACAAAGUAAUGUCUUUACCUUCUUUCGCCAUUUUAGGCCAAGAUUGCCUUACUCAAAAAAGCCUGCAAGGAGAAGGACGAUCUUGUGGAGAAACUGAGUGAAGAAAUUCGAGACCUGCGCCAUGCAAUCGCUUCUUCUGCUCUUGACGAUUUAUCUAAGAUCCAAACAUCUGGAUCCACUCCGAAAAACGUCGUGAAGCUAUCGACUAAGAGAGAGAAAGGGCGACAGAAAGCUGAAGGAGAACCUCAGGUCUGUAAUAAGGAUUUUUUUGCUCGGGGUUUACUGUGAAAUCUUAAGUUAUGAAAAAGAUAGUGGCUGAUUGAGGGUGAGCUCAGAUCACGUUGAGGGUGAGGUCAGAGUUGGUGACAAGGGUUUACUAGGGUGCCCUGGGUGACUAGGGUGAGUAUGGUACCCUGGGUGACUUGGGUGACUAUAGUUACUAGAGUGCUCUAGGUGACUUUGGUGGCUCGAUUGACUAGGGUGACUUGGGCGAUUAGGGUGACUAGGGUAAGUAUAGUGACUAGUGUGACUAAGGGUAACUAGGGUAGCUUAAGUGAUUAGGGUUACUAAAGGUCACUUGAGUGACUAGGGUGACUGUAGUGAAUAGGAUGACUUGGGUGACCACGGUGACUGGAGGAACUUGAUAUUGAGUUUGGGUUAUUAGCCGAUUGUGACUAGGUUUCGCAGUCUGUUUUGAUCUACGAGGGUGACUAGGUUAAGAAGCUUUCCUAUUAAGUUUUCUUGAUGCAUUGCUGUUUUAUUGAAAUAAGAGUAUUAAAACUGCGUUUUGAGCAGAGGUUUUUAUUUCAUAAUUGGAUAAUUUAGCGUAUACUAUAUUGCGCUAUGGCAACGGAGGAAUUUUUGUUGGUUGCAGUUGUUCAGUUGAGCACCCUCUUACGCCUUAUUUAGCUAUUGAUUUGUUUCUGUAUAGGACGUAGUCAGCGAGAGACUAAAAAGCAAGCUUGAUAAACAGGCUCUGCGCCGAUCUCCAAGGGUAAGUGAUCAUGAUUUAAAUUUUCUCGCGUUUUUUACUCUUGUGUGGUUUUCUGUUUGAAGUAUAAGCCGUCUACAGACAAUGCUUAAAGGUUUGAAAAGACUUGCAGAACACUUAUAAAAAUAUGUUACAGUUGGUCUUAUGUCAUGUAAAUUUCAAACAACCACGAUAAUUGUCAGACAAACACUGUUUCUUUCUUCUUUUGCGUCCAGUAUCACGUUUUGCUAAACUAAAUGGGCCCCUUCCUUCCUAUCUAUUCACGACGGAUGUUGAUUAUGGUGAUGUGAGCUCCUUGCAAUUUUAUAGAAUAAUUUAGUUUAGAUAAUAGCAUGAUUUGUAGUGAUAUUUCAAAAUUGUUGUACGUAAUUUCACGAGCUUUUAGGCGAGUGAAAUUUGAGACAAUUUUGAAAUAUCACGAGUGGUAUUUAUGCCAAAUAUCACGUACAAAUCAUGCUAUUAUUUGUUUAUACUACUACCCGCAAAAGGUUUGUAAUUUUCACAUGUGGGUAUUUCAAAUUAAGCUGAAAUACCACUGCUCUAAGCCAAUAAAAUUGCAGAAAUUUCUCAUGUAGUAGUAUAAGAAUGGUAAUUUUGAUGUUAACAUCGUUUGUCUCUUAUCAUCAGGCCUUUGCACCAUCACCUCCAGGAACUAAAAAGGCUAAGCGCUUUGUCGCACUGUUUGAUUACGACCCUGACAAGUCCCCUGCGUCCGAGCACCCUGAAAUAGAGCUUAAACUUACAGAAGGGGAUUUUCUAACAGUAUUCGGCGAUAUGGACUCUAAUGGGUAUUUCGAGGCGGACGUCAAUGGAGAGCGCGGCCUGGUUCCUAGCCUGUACGUGGAUGAAAUCGAGGACGAUAGUGAUUCUGAGGUUGGGCUGGAGGAGCUUCUAUCGAGGUCACUCAGAGCCCCAGUAAAAGAUGUCCCUUCUUACAAAAGCAAUCAACUCCUGGUAAAGAAAUUAUCUUUGAUAACCUUGGAUUGUUAUAUGGAUUAAAGUGACGAGAGCAAAAGCGUGGUGUCGCAGCCAAUGAGAGAGACUAGGGUCUGCUAUAGUUUAUUUACAAAAAAUAAUGUUAAGAAAUGUAACAAAUGUCAGAUGAUUGAUAAACAUCUACCACUCUAAUAUAUUAACCAACGUUUUUCCCAAUUAGCUGGUUAUUGCUCCGCAAGACCGAAAUAAAUCGGUGCUAGGUCGUAAUGUUAAAGACUGACAUUUCUUGUCAUUUUUGCAGUUACAAAGAGAGAAGAAGUCCAGCGGCCGUAUCACACCGUCAUCUGACACUUCCUCUGUGGGUUCGGAAUCGCGUCGGUGCAUGGUGACCCUUUGUGAUUACGACCCUUAUCAAUCGGGUGCCUCUGGGCGGCCAUCUCAAGAGCAGCUGUCGUUCAGAAAAGGUGACAUCAUGACUGCCUAUGGUGACAUGGAUGUGAAUGGGUUUUAUCACGUUGACCUCAAUGGUAAGAAUUUGAACAAAUCAUGAAUGCAAACGUAGAAAACAGUUCUACGGAAAAUUAAAAAUCAGUACACUUUAUAAGCUUUCAUUUUGGCAUGUACAAAUGGCGCGUGGCGCGUGGCGCAAUGCUAUGAUGUCCUCAGCAUAUGGGGCAUUACAAGUCUCGUCGGGGACUCAACUCAAAGGUUAAAACACUUUAUAGCUUUAAAAGGUACUGCGGACGACUUGCUAAAAUUCACUUAAUGUAUUCUAUUAUGUGUGGAUCAUGCCCUCUCUUUCAGUUAGCCAUCCUGCACGGGCAUGUAACGCGUCCAAAAACUGUCCAGCUACCACAGGGCUUGAUAGUACAGUUGAUUCUUGCAGGGUACUGGGUUCGAAUCUCGUUUGAAAUAAUGUAUUCGUUUGCUCUUGUUUCACACUACGUUAGUUGCGAAUAUAGUUGCGAGGGUCUUUGUGUAUGUAUGUAUGUAUUACUGUAUCGCUAUAAAUAGCAUAGGGUAUUUCAUAGUUGAGUGGCCAUAGCCUCCAUAGGUUUCUGGGAGAUCAUAAAUUUGGUAAUGGUUUUCGCCGGGAACGCAGAUUUCGCAGUUGUUAGACGCUGGUGAUAUGGGGAUUUUUUUACCUUCCUCGUGUCAUUUUGACCAUGACUGAAAAGUAUAACCAGAGUUCCUAUUCUCCUUAGAUAAUUGAUAAAUUUAUAGAGUCUCAAAGUAUAAGUUACUUACCUAUUGUUUGUUAAUUAUUUCAGGUCAAUUGGGAUUUGUUCCGUGCCACUUGAUCGAGGAAUUUGCUCCAUCUUCCUUCCUUCAAACCGUAAGUGCAAUUGCUCAGUUGUAUAUUAAAAUUUUAAUUCAGACGUGUUGUAUCCGUUUUGAGUUCAUUUCUCUUUGGGUCAUCAGGCCAGCAGCCGAGCUCCUGAACAGAUCUUAGGAAUGCUGGAGAAAAUUCAACGACCAGAGGAAAGAAAAGGUUAGGCAGUGUUCGGUUAGCAGUGUGAGUUCGCUUUCGUAAAAGGCAUGUUUUGUUUGCUGUCAUUGUGAGCGCCGUCGCUUUUCAUUGGAGAGUUAACUACAAACGGAGAAUGGUAGUCAAAGGAGUUUUGGGUAGCGUAAAAAAAAAAUAAGACAGGUCCAUAAGAGGAGAUAAAACGCAGCUAGCAAAAAAAGACAAAAACAAAAACAAAGAAAGAAGCAACAACAAUGCGCGUGUCUAGCUCAGUAUAGCCUUCACUUGCCAUAUCAGAGUAUGAAUCUUACUUGACGAAGAAUUUACUGCUGAUUUCUGUAACUCGCUUUUAAAGAAAUAGUGAUGUUAUUGUCAUUGUCAUUAUCAUUGUCAUAAAUAUUAUUAUUAGUAGUAGUAGUACCAUUAUUACAUUUAUUGUUAUUAUUGUUAUCACCAUGAUUAUUAUUAUUAUUAUUAUUAUUAUUAUUAUUAUUAUCAUUACUAUUAUUGCGGGCGACAACAGGAGCCUGCAAUCCCAGUCUCUAGGUUGUUAUUAGGCAUGCGUUCCAUGUAUGUAGCCAGCAUGAGUUUGGACUUCCACUAAGAAUGAAUGGAACGCACAUAACGCAAUUUGAUCACGCGCGUCUGGACCUUCUAUCACUUGUAAUCCUAUCACGCUUGUUUUGAUCAUCUGUCAAACUUGAACAAAGCACGUUGGAGCAAAAUCGUUUUGACCGUCGAUCGUUGUCGCCCGCACUGCUUAACCUUAGUUUAUAUCUUUACUUACUAUUUAUUUGAUAUUGAUAUGUUCAUUAUCAGCAGGAACGUCGUCAGAUGCGUUCACUCCUGCAGGUGCUGUCACCAAUGACUAUUCAACGCAUGCGCCUAGUGAUGUCACGCUAUCACGUGACACGCGGCUUCCCGUGAGUCCUCUUCCUAACGUAGGAUUGGUCAGAUUUAAACCAUCACCGGAAGUUGCGAAUUUAGGGCCUUCAUCCAAAGGUGCGAUUAUUCCUGUCAACACAAUCCAGUCUUCGCAACCAGCAAAUCCGUCCGUGGUACCUGCAUCCUCAUUUUCUCCGUCCAAACAGGUUGUCCCUGUAAGUUCAAACAGGUCACGCUCGUCCCGAAAAGGUAGUGCGAAUUGAAGAUGUUGGUUGCAGUUGUUUUGAAACGCCAUUAUUUUCGUUUAGCUGUCUCAAAUUUGAAUUUCAUUUUAACUUUUUUAUUUUGCGCCUUUCUGGCCGAAAUUUGAUGUAGUGAGUGUAAGAAGUCGCCCAUUAAAAUAUUUUUUUUUGUCCAAAAUCUAAAGUAGGAACCCUGAAUACUGAGAUACCAUACUGGAGUCUAAUAAACCUAAAUGGACAGAAUUAUUUCGAUGUUGUAGUUAAUUUUUUAUUUCAGUUAACUUUGUUUUACCUUUGUUUCUAAAUAAUUAGCAUAGCAUACAUUACCAUACCCCGAAACAAAGGAAAAACAAAAAUUAACCGAUAUUAUGUGCAUUAGAACAUUUCCGCAAAAACAUGAAUCUAAUUUGGAUACUUUUGAAGAAAUUCUGUUUUAACUGCUUAGAUUUAGUAAAUAUUUAUUCGAGGUCACAAUGGGGUUAACCGUCAGUCGUCAAAAAUGCAGAGUAGUAUUAACCGUCAAAACGUUUCAAGGUAUUUUAAAUCUCGCUAUUUCAGCUCAUCUUCACGGACUUUUGGCUCCUGAAGAAUCUCCUCACUUGAAAAACCACGGGCCAUGUUGUCAAAAACACUCUCUCUGAACAUUACAAGACCUUACAACUUUGCUAUGUCUAAAAAUAUUUGGAGAUUUUAUAUGUGAAAGGCCAAGGCCACCCUUUAAAACACAACAGUUAAAUAUUAAUUUAUGCAGAAGUUACUAUUUACUUCAAACCUUGAACUAAAUUUUCACUAAAUAACCGUCAACCGUCAAAAGACCUAAAAUUAGCCGUCAACCGUCAAAAUUUGAAAAAAAAAUAACCGUCAACCGUCAAAGCUACCACCCCAUUGAUACCAUCUUAUUUCCCACCAUCGUUUUUGUCACCUUGCAUUUCUGCGGUUUUUAGUGGUAAAAAACUUCCUUAAAUAUGGCUUACAAAAAGAUAAAAGAUCACAUGUAAUGAUAUUGACGUACUGGGACAAGAAAAACAAGGCUUACAUAGGUUAAAUGGAAAUUUCCUCUGUUUUUCUCGUCCGAGUGCGGCUUUUGCUCUCUAGCAUGGCGGCUUUGUAGCACUUGAAUGGCUCGCUGCAAAUGGCCCAUAGAUCGUUUUCAGUCACGUGUUCAGCAGCUUUGUAAAUUGCUUGGAAUAAAAGGAAGUCUGAACAUGUGAAAAGAGUUUAAUUCCCACAGGAUUUUUUUCGUACACAAACAUGGCCGCCGAUUCAUUGUUUUGUACACAAAUAUGGCCGCCGUGACGGCAUGUGAAAACGAUCUAUUCGUACAUUCCAGAUUUACAUUCCAGGUAAUCACUACUUCCCUUUCUUUCCUUCCUCUAGCUCGCCCCAGUCCACCAAGUUUCUUUCGAGUGCUUCGCCCAGUGAACCACGAUGCUAUGUUGUUGGGCUGGUCACUUCCAGGAAUGGACGAGUUUGGGAGAAGUAAUAAUCUUACUGUAAAGGGAUACAAGGCGAGUAAAGCCGGGUAUUUGUGUUUUUAAGAACUGUUACUUGUCAGGGUAUAAAAUGAAGCUGGCAUUUUAAGAUUGGUUUAAGUAUAUGGACGAAAUUCCUAGGUUGCUUUUCACUUGUGUUGUUUAAUGUUCUGUUUUUUUUUGUUUUUUUUUCUUCUUCUCAAAAAUACGCUUUACAAGCCAUUUGGAAUUUAACCACCCCCCACAUCUAACCAUUGUUUGCUCUCAGAGGAUUGCAGUUUAGACUAGCAUACCAUGCCUUUACCUAAAAUAAACACUGUGCAAACAGACUGGCAUGGGAGGCUUACUGGGUCUCUUAAACCUCGGUCUAAGACCUCGUAUAAAAGAUUACUUGUUGUGUUUAACCCGUAAUUCCAAAGAAAGCAACUCAGUAGUACUGAGAUCUCAGUUUCGAUCAUAAAAAAUGAAAUAAUAAAUUGUAGGCAUACAACAUUUUCAUUUGGCAUCGCUUUUUUGAUGUGUUUUAAGCAUUACUGAUAGUAUGUCGUUCGUCGUUAUUUGGUAUUUUACUUUGCUUAUUUGGUAAUGUCCGGUUUAUUGCAGUCAAAUAACGAUUUUUGUUUGCAUCUCCGUUCAGAUUUAUGCCAACAGUGACGUACACCUUGAGGUUCGAAGCCCUUAUAUGGCCAAGGUAUAAAGCAGUAUUCAACGUUUAGUUUGAAAUGCUGCAAUUUCUUGUUACUUUUUCGUGAUUGAGCCUUUAUUAUCUCUGGUAGUUAGUGAGUUCUGAAGAUCAGUUUUGCCCGUCUUGUUUUUCUUAGAUGUGAAACUUUUCUCCGAAAUCUAUCGAAUGGCGGAGUUAGGGCAGAUUGUGCUAAUCCGCCCACUGUUCACUGAUCCUGUGUCCUAAUGUGAUUACAGAACGUGUCGUAUUUUCUCCUUACUAGGCGUUGGUCGAAGAUGUUGAUCUGCGUUUUCCUAUAAAAUUCAGCAUGAAGACGGUGGCUGAAAAUGGUAGUUCUUCCGAAGCAAUCUCGGUUACGUUCAGCGACACCAUUAAGAGAAGUCUAAUGGUAAGGAGAAAAGUGGAAACUGGAAUUUUUGCUGGUAUCUGAGAAGGGUAACUGAUCCCUUUGCCCGCGUGCGAACUCAUCAUCAUUAUCAUCAUCAUCAUUUGAUUGUAGCCUUCUUAUUGAUCGUGUGCGUAUUUCCCCAUGCAAUGUUACCAGAACUCGCCAGCAACGAAGUCGCUCAUAUACUUCGUGUACUAUAUUAAGUUUUGACGGAUGCGUAUCUCGUUAUUUGUGCCUGUGACAAGAGGAAGCCAAUGAGAAAUGUGUUUGUCUGUCGUUCUAUGAGUAAGUUGUUUCAAAGAGACAAAGUAAUCCUCCUAACGAUCGUGGGGAAUAAACGUGUGACGAACCUCUAAGAACGUCUGCGUGGAAGGCUAAACAGUUUGCUCAAUUUGGCUUUCUUGUGAGCGAGUGAGUGUCGGUAGAACAAGUGUAGAGACUUAAUUUUCGUUGAUUUCUUUCAUUCAGUUGCGUCUUUAGUAGCUCUUUCAGCCUCUCUUUUUCUUUUGCAGGAUUCCUAUGGCGAGUCGUUUGAGGUAAUUAAAACAUUUCUCGUAUGAUUUUAGGAAAACGGUCUAGAAAGAACCAAUAAAAGUAAACUAUUAAGUUUAAUUUUUUCCCUACUUUUUUCAAGGACUCGGAAGACGAUCAAAAUCAGUUUAGAACGGUAAGCAAAACUUCAUGGCAUUAUGAAUGUAAAAAAGUAAUUCCCGAAAGACUAUGUCCUUUAUGUUUACGUUUUCUUCUUGUUUUCUCUCUCCAUUUUUCUGGACUUCUUGUCAUUACUUUUCUUCGAUCCCGGGUGAACAGCUCGCGAUUAGUGCGAAGGUGUUUGCUUAAUUGGGUUAUGAUAUUGUUUAUUUUUCUCUUCAGUUUGUGGCUCUGUAUGAUUACGAUCCAUUCAAAAGCUCUCCAAACCCGAACCCCGCAAGUGAGCUGAGCUUCAAAGAAGGAGAUAUUUUAAGAGUAUUUGAUACUUCGAGAAAGGAUGGUUUCUUUGUCGGAAAGGUACGGAUGUCGACUGCAUCCUGUCUGGAAUUACUUUUGGAAUAACUUAAAUAUUGCCAGUCUUUCCGUUCUAUUUUUGUUCUUUUUUGUUUGUUUGUUUGACGACAAAGGCUUUGCUAAAAUGCCACACCCUUAAUUAAAAUGAGUACCUGGCGACGUGAAUGCAGUUUUCUUCAUGAAGUGUUUGUUUUACCCUCGUUUCCUCCCACGUCUACAAAUCUGGAUGGUACAUAUGUUGUAGUAAAUUUCUAUUCUUCCUUUGUUUUAAGCAUGGUAGUAUUUGUUGGAAUGAAAAAUAACUGCAACCUGUACAUCCUUCAAGAAGGACUUUCCCAGUGAUAAUCAAACUUAAGCUACUGCAAAAAGACCACGUCAUUUUAAUAUAUUCAGUCAAUUUGUAAAUUUAAGCAACUGCUUCCUUAAAAUUAACAAAAUGUUUUUUUUGUUUACUUUUUGCCCAUGAUAGCUCAAGAGAAAGACUGGUCUCAUCCCAUCAAACUUUGUAGAAGAAGUUGCCGUCGCCUCUCCGCGCAGACUGGCUGCUGCGAAGGUAGUUCACGUGACCACAUACCGCAGAUAGAUAAUGAUAACCACCAUUAUGUUAUCAUUAUUAUCAAUGAAAACGUUUCAACUGGGAUGGUAUAAGUUGGUUUAUCAUACCCACGAUAUUACACUGUAUAUUGUUUCUUAUUAGACAAAUUGUUUUCCUUUGAAGUAGAUCGUCUGAGGUAUUUUUCUUUGCUUAAUUGGCUUGAGCGAAUUCAGGAAAUUUGCUCGGGCAAAGUCGAAAGGUUGCAUAUGAGAGGCCCAUUGUAUUGUUAAAAUGUUCAAAUUAUUAAUCUUUUAUUUUUAGUAACUUCCCAUCUUUAUUAACGGAAACAACCGAAUUCCCAAAAAGUAAUUCAAAAUGGCUGUUUUGUCAUUGCAUCAACGGUUUAAAAAAAAUUUCCUCGGAAAACAAAGCAUUUGCCCUCGAAAUCUUCCGCAACGAAUAUAAUAUAUCGAAGAGGAAUAGUAAAAAAAUUAUAAAACAAGAAAAGGUAGAACUGUGAAUGCUCUUGACUUUGUUGUUACAUAAUAUAUAGAUUUAGCCAGGGCUAAAAGCGAGGCUCCCAUUAGUAAAUUUAUAAUUUAAAUUAAACAAUAAACUUGUAUUCGAAUUCCACAAUUCAGUUAACUUUAGAGCACAUUUAUGUGACUUUUGAGGGAAAGGCUACCUGAUUUUAGAGAAAAAUAAUUUGCAAACAGCCCAAGAGUGAACCAAAUCUUACAUCGAGUUGAUAGCCUCAUAUGUACGCUCAAAAACUGGUAAUCAUCUUUUAUCACAUUUAAGAGCCGUAAUGGCUAUUGAUCACCGUAGAUCAAUUAGGCUUAGAAAAAAAAAUCAGGCCAACGUUUUGGCGUUCGACAAGUUUUAUUUUGCAAAAUCUUGCCAACAAAUCUGGGCGCGUGUAAACCAACCUUUUAUACCAUGGACAGAAAGCAGUAUUUCACAAUACAAAUUGCUCUCAUUCAAUAUUCAUAAACUGUUAAAAAAUUUUCCAAAAUCACCUAUACGGCCAUCCGGUUCUCACUUUUGUAGUGCGAGCUGUAGCGAGUAUUUGAAUGAACAUUAACAGAGUUACGCUCCAAGAUAAUAAAGAAUUUAUCAUGUUUAUUUUUUUAUUUGAUGGUUUAACGCGCGGCAUUUUGAGAACUCCUGCAAGCGAUGUUCACUGAACGACUGAAAACAAUCGGCAUAGCGAUUAAAAUUGCAAGAGAGACUACUAACAAUCAAUAAAAGAAAUAUAAUUCGGUGAAACAUAAACAGAGACAACAAUUUUCAUUCAGGAAGACAAGUAUUAAAGUGUCCCUAAAUAUCCUGAGUCUUCAAGCUUCAAGCUUAAGUUUGCUGAAGUUUAUGUUUUAAGCCAGCUUCCCGGUGUUUGUUUUUUCAAAGACGAACUCGAGGCAAGAAAAUCGCUCAAAGCUUUCUUUUCCGGCCAGAAUUAUAACUAAAGAUUCUUUGGAACAUUUUCUUUCUAUUUGCGGUGAGAAACUGUCUAAAGGCUUUUUAAAGUUCUGUAAGGUUAUAUCAAACCAGAUACUCGGUGAGAUCGUUGUCUCAAAUCUUACAAACGCGCAUAAACUAAAUUCCCGCAUAAACUACGCUCCACUUCAUUAAAUUAGAUACAAAAAACAAAAAACAAACAUGAAAUACAAUAAUUUCUCUGGCUUACCAUUCGAGAUGCAGCUCCUGAAAGUUAUCAGGUAAAGCCAGUAUCGCUUCAGACUUUGCAAUCCUCUUACGCAUCAAGCAAGGUAAAAACGAAAACGAUGCCAUCCGAAAUCGGAUUUCCGACUGUGACAAGCGACGUUUUCUCAACCAAAAACCCAAUAAACAAACUAGCCAUGAGUAACAGAAGACUCCUGAUAGCAGCUGAAUUUCAUUUUGUACAUCCAGUGGAAAAAGACAGUUAAAAACAUCACAAGUUGACACAAAACUCUGUCAGCUUCAGCUGUUAAAGUAAACAAGAUUCAAGAUGCUGCAUAUAUUUUGCGCAUGAACUCACCUGUCAAAUUUUGACCAAUCAGAGCAUAAAAAUUGGACGUAGAGCGUGACCAACGCGUGACCAUUGUGAGAAAAAACAAAAGCAACUGUCUUCCCUGCCUGUAACAGCUGGCUGAAUUUUCACGUCCGAGGUCAGUUUGCAAUCAAAAUUUUAAUUGUGCAGCACAUAAACACAACAUAUUUCAUAUGAAUUAAGAAAAAAAAUUGAACUUGAGCCUGCGCUCACUUGAAAACUAGUUUACUUGUCAGCGGAUAACUGCAAAAAAUACUUGACCUCGACGGGUCGACACCUGAGCCCGCGAUACGGUCAAGUGAUACUGGUCAGCGGGUACUCUGUUUUGACAGCUGUCAAUUGAUCAAAACAUUGAUGUCCAAUAUGUGUGCAUUAUCAGUUUUCCUGUGCUCCCAAACUAGUAAAAGUAUGAGAUUGAACGUUGUUCGCGAUCUAGUAAAACAGUUAACUGGUCAGCGGACAGCUUCCAAAUAAAUCACGUCACCUCGAUGAGUUGACACAUGAGCCCGCGAUAUGGUCAUGGGAUACUGGUCAGUGGCUAUCCUGUUUGGACAGCUGUCAAUUGACCAUAUUGUUAAUGUCCUAUAUUAAAGAUGUGGACUUGCCAAGACACGCCUGAGACACCCCUCCCUACCUUUUGAUAGUCUCCCCUACCCCACCCAUACAAUCUGUAGACGCGUACGUACGUACGUACGUACGUACGUACGCUCGGUCAAUCACGUGACAACCAAACGAAAAGAGGUUGACCAUAUUCCAUGGGUAUGGGGCUCUGUCCCACGCGCGCUUCGCGCGCGCGGGAGCCCCGCUAUGAACCUACUAAACGACCUAUCCCAUCUAUCACUAGCUCAGUGGGUAGGGCGCCCUACCAAUGUUUGGCAUCCCCUCGCUAGCGACAUCACUAAUAUUACAUCUUCUUCCACUCACUAUAUUCCCAUUGAAAUCUCACAAUGGUGUAUAUUUUUUCCUCUAGAAGCGCCAGGCAGCUCUCUCCAGUCCUACCCGACCCUUCUCCAGGGAGAGUGGCUCGAGUGGAGGUAUUGGUUCCCCUUCCCUCGCGCCAAAAGAGCAGGCGCCACUCCAAAGAAAGGUAAGAGGUGUCGUACGUAUUCCAGUUAAAAUUACUGAAAGACACGCUUCACUUGGCUAUAAAAGACCCUUCGCUGUUUUUUCAACUUUUGACUGUGACCAGUUAGCGAUAAUUCCGUCAACACGGCUGGAAAGAAAGCAAUAAAAUCAGUAAAGCUGCUAAGUUUUGUCAGUAAAGUGGUUUGUUGAAAACUAACGAAGAUAUAACUUUGAAAAGAUGUUUUAUGGUGCUCCCCAUCAUCCAAAUGUCUGUAAAAUUUCGCGACUUUGCGUAGUAAACUUCGAAUUGGACUUUUCACAUUUAAACUUGGUAAAUAUCCUAAUUUUAGGGCGCUCUUUCCAGCAGUGUGGAUGGAUAUUUCUUCACUGGUCUUUAUCAAAAAAUUGAAACAAAUUGUGAAAGGGUCUUUUAAAUUAAUAAGAUAGUAAAAAUACAGUUAUGAUCGGCUGGUGUAGUUCAAAAAACUAAUUGUAUUUUGUUUUGUUUGUAUUUUUCUCCUUGUCUUGUUUUCUUUGCUUUCCUCUUUUUCUAUUUCUUUCUCCUUAUUUUCUGCCAGAUGAUGGUUGCACUGUAUGAUUACAAUCCUGAGAUCCAGUCACCGCAAGAUAACCCGGACUCCGAACUCGCGUUCAAAAAGGGACAAAUCAUUGCUGUUCUUGGGGAAAUGGUGAGUAAUGUUCACAUCUAUCAGCACUAGGAAUGGUGCGCGGCAUUAAUAACAUUAGGGUUUGAGGGCUCGCGCUUAAUGUUUGAAGCGCAGUUUACAUGAAACAGUGCAAUGUUUUCCCGUUUUCUCCUUAACAUUUCUAUAUUGAAAAAAGGAAGAGACAUCUUAGCAAUUUCAUAAAUAUCGACGCUGUGAUACAAAGUCAAAAAGGGUGGACUAUAAGACCCGUUAGGUUUGGAACGAAAGUUAGCACGUUUUUCGUUAACUCUAAUGGCCUUCUUCCGUUAACGUUUACAUUCGCCCCAAUUUUCAAUUUCAAGGUGCGGUCCUAUCGCGCAGCUAUUUCAGCUACACUCGAGUCUAUGGUACGUCAAUACAUUGGAGAGAAAAUACGAAAAAUAGAAAUGGUUUCUAGUCUCUAGCGAACGGAGUAAAGGGGAUUGAAGUGGAUCAUUAUAGAGCGGUUCUGUUCACAAAAUCUCUUUUUCUCGUGGUAAUAUAUAUUUUCUUUUCUCUAGCGCGCAGACGGUUUCUUUCAGGGAGACAUGAAUGGCCAGUUAGGACUCGUUCCAGGGAGUUUUAUUGAGGAGUACACCAACGGGGUAGGUGCAUAAUCAUCAGACACCAAAUUCAUUGUUGAGUUAUUUACAGGGAAUGUUCAGUACAAUCGCUGUUGUUUAAUAGAAUUUAAGGGGCUAAGAUGAUGCGAAUCCCGAAUUCUCUCCAUUUUUUUGGCCUUACAAUAAGAAUCCUUUAUUGGACCAAGCUUGUUGGCCCAAUAUGCGUUGCUCUUGUUGGUGCGUUUUUUUUUUCGAUCUCGCCUCGGUCAAUAAAAACGCAGAAAAGCUUAAAAUGCCCCCUUAUGAUAUCGUCAGUAAGACCUGUAAUAUAAUAGUAUAAGCUUAAUGUAACCUACGUUUAAUUUGUUGCCUAGGGAACUGACAGUGGAAGGCCACAUCGUCAUCUUGGUGGACUGAACCGAGUCUAGUCUGCUCCCAUUACCAAAUUUGUUUGAGAUAGAAAAGGGUAUUUACCUAAAAUCAUCAAUGACGUCAUCCCGUAGAGCCGCAUUUUGGCAGACUGUGGCUCGCAACGCGUUAUGGUUUAAAUUAAGUUCUUCAAUUAUGUCGUUUUUUAGUAUCUAUGAUGUUCUUAAAUGUUUUACGCAAACUCCUCGUUUCAGUGCUAAUUAUUUUAUUAUAGGAAAUCGAAUUUUUAAUUCUUGUACAGAAUACCAAAAUGUUCGUGUAAACAUCACUUCCGGGUAAUGUAAAAUUUCUUUCAAAGAGCUCUCACGUUUUACAGACAUAAUAUAUUAUGGAAAUUUUAGCGUUGGUGUAUAGAAGAAAAUAUUUAUAAGGAUGGAUAUCAAAUCUUAAAGAGAUGUCUACCUUUUAAAAUAAGCCAGUGAUUUUACGUUACAGCAGUAAAGAGUCAGGUAAUUAUUAAGUAAUUUGGUGUGUUAUUUCUCUGCUCAUGGUUUCUUUCCCUCACAAACUGUAUUUGCUUUGUUUGAAAAUGAGGCUACCUUUCUGCAAUGAUCUUAUAACCAACGUAUUUUUGUUAUUUUUUCUUCUCUUUCAUCUAAAAAAGGCGUCGAAAUGAAUAUGAUAACCAUAUAGACCAGCUUGGG